AUGGCGGCGGCCCAGUCCGACAGAGAUCUUCCGUCCACUUUAUGUUCUGAAUUCCUGAAUUUCUCUGCCAAAGACACCGCGUCGGUAAGUGGCUCCCCACACUCUUGACCACUCUGACCUUCAACUGAAUUGUCACUGCGUCAAAUUUAGCUGUUACGCCUGCUGAACGAUACAUUAAGUGUUUAAUCCGCUGCGUCUCGGCUUGUUUUUCAGCUCAGAUCGGCUGCACUAUGCUAAUGCUAAUGCUAGCUCGGAGUGAUCUGUAAAACAUCUGGAUGUGGGAUUAAGCUGUCAGAAACAGCUGUUUGUUACCCCGAGACUGCCGCUCAGACACUGAACGUCGAUGUUAUCUAAAUAGAUCGAUGUUUUGUAGUGAUAAAAACUGAUUGUGGACGUUUGUUUUAAAUGGUAUUAGUUACUAAAUUGCCUCAGAGUUUACUAACCGCCGCACUGGCGUUCAGGUAACGACCCCUCAUCCUGGGACACCGGCUCAGAAACACAAGCGGCUCCAGUUUGACAAGCGUUAUCAAACAUGCCGACCUAACUACAGUUAUUAGAGAUUAGAAACAUUGACUAAAAAGGGAAAUUAGCUCAGGGCAUUUUAUUAUUUAGCCAAUAAGUAUUAAAUAGAACAUUAUAUUUUCUGGUAUAUUGGAGGCAAUUUUCUUUUAAAUAAAUGAUACAACCUUUAAUAUACUUUUGCAAGUAUCAGGUGUUGACUGCUGUGAACUCUGUCAGGUUAUUCAAUGACAGCACAGAGUUUGGCACAGAUACUGUAGCAAACAGACAGGUUGUCAGACCAUGAUCAUACCAUUUUCCAAGCAUGAAGAAGGCUGUACGAGAAAAACUGUAUGCAAUUUGACCUGGUUACUUGGACAGUUGUAAAAUUGAUGGUGUUUUUAAUUUAAGACUUAGGCUGCUUAAUAUUUAGAAAACCUGAUAUUGUGAUAUCUAUUAAUUUAGCAGUAUAUAUUACAAUAUAAAAAGGAGUGUUUAUACCAAAUAAAUGCAGCUGUGUGGGUUUCUGUCUACAUCAGACCUACAGGAUUCAGAAAAUAUUUGAUGUACUUUUCAGAAUUACAAUAUGUAAAACGGUUGAAGUUUAGCUAACAUAGAAUGAAGUAUAUUGGCCAUGACAGAGAUUCUAUGUCUAUCUUUUUGCAACAUGUCACUCCAGACAGACAACCACUCAGUAGUGACCCAUCAGUCUGAGGGUGGCUAAUAGCUAGACUGAGCCUCAUCUUACUGCACCUAAACAGUGUAAAAGCUGCCAUGACACCCAAGUCUCUAUCCAGCAGUAUUUGAAGUGAGAAAACAUUUAAAAUUCAAAUAUAUACUUUAUGUAUCACUCAAAACUUGGUCUGAGAUAAAUAGUUUCAUAGAUGUGAUUAGUUUUCUCUGUUAGCCAAGGCUUUCUGCUUUCUGAAAUCACAUUAAAAAAGGGUACUUGAUGUUUUGUAUAAUGCUUUUUGAUUUAGACUUUGCGUGCAGCCAACUUGAGUCAGGCUGUUUUAACAAACAGCAAUUUCAAAUAUAUUUGUUACCAACACAGAAGAUGAUGAAAGAAAUAACACAAGAUGUGAAGAAUGAAAAAAAAAAGGUGAUUGAUGUGUUAUUUUCCUAUACACAUGCUUUUAUUGCACAUGUUUUAUAACUGCAAAUUGCAGAUCUCUUCAACUGUGAUUGGUAUGGUUCAACAGUGAAGUUAAGAAGUGUCUUUGGGGGUGACGUUGUCAACUCAGAUGUUAUCGUCACCAGCAUUCAGAUAAAGUAUUGUAGCAGCUGCCACUUGCCUGAGUGUAUAGGUGAGUUUUCUUUGUAGUGAAAUACUGGAUAUGUAUAGGUUUAUUUAAAUGACUAAUCACUGACCCUCUUCAACACUUCCAUUGUCUUUAAAUCUUAAAGAUCAACAUUAUUAGCAGAGUUUUCUUCUUAUUGGUCCUGUCUUGAAUUCAGUAAGGUGAGACAGUUUACCAUCAUAAAGACAGGCUCAUUCACGGUUUAUCCUACUUCAAAGUGAUGUCAAGGGUUAGCAUUAUGACUCUCCUGGGCACACAGUUGCUGACCAUCCUCAGAUCAGAUUUAUAGUUUCUGCGCCAGGAUGAAUUAUCAGGGUUUGACAUUGUGGUAGUGAUAGCUAUAUAAAUAGCAUUUUUUUUAACCUUGUUAAGCUGCAGACCCGCAGGUUUUCUACCAAGUUUACUUGAUGUAAGCUUUAUUCAAGCGCAGUCUAACAAGGGUGGUAUCUCAGUGUUAGCUGAAAGUCUGAUGGAUGUUAGCUGGGUGAUAGUAGUGUAGUCUGGCUGUAUUCAGGUCAGUGUGUCACUGAGACUUAGCGGGUUACGCUAACAUACUUUGUCAGAGCUGAUUAACCUGCCACUGAUCACACACAUACACAAAUGCAUGCACGCACGCACACACACACACACGGAGCAGACUUGAGAGAAAUGGAAUAUGCUACAGUACUCUUGAGUUAGUUUGAAUAAGUGUACACUCACCUGAAUGUAAAUAUCUUUUUGCUUUGGUGACCUCAGAGGAAGCCUUUCCUAUCUACGUAACAGCGGGUCAACCUUUCACAGAGCUGCCAUCUGGCACAGUCAUGUUAAUGUAGCAUUAAGUGGACUACUAUUACAUACGUGUUUAUGUCUCAGGAAAGGGCUGCGCAGUUAAUUUAUUUUUUAAUCAUAAUCGGAUUAUUUAAUUAUGACGAUGUAACAAAAAUUUAAAUUGUCAAAUCAAUUUCCUUUCUAUCAUGUCUCGUGCCUCCAGGCCACCGUUGGCUCCCCCCUUCUUGCGGAAGUGCUCCCCAGUUCCCACACACACCAUUGUAAAUAAACAUGGCGUUUGCAAUAGAAGCCCAUAAUUUUUCUGGCUAAAUAGGUCAAGAGAAAGUCAGUCAUCAUCAAUUGGUACGGCUUCACAAUUGUAGAUGAAGAGCAAACCACUCCACUGUCUGAAGUCCGUCUGAAGGCAGUAUCAGCAUGUCCACACGGAAACGAGUUCAGGAGUAAACACAAAAGUUUUUUGUGGUAUUGGCGUUGCAUCCACACGGAAACGUUUUUUUGGGUGACUGUAAAUGGUACUUUUUGAAAAUGGGUCAGGGAGUGCAUUGAUCCCUAAAUGACUUUUAUGGUGCCUGCAUGUAUCUGGCCAAAACAACCUAUUUACACAUGCUCUGUACUCUUCUUUUGUCUUUUGUGCAUUUCUUGGGCAGCCUUACAGCACCACUUACUGGCUUGUCUUAUGCACUAUAUAGUUUUCAGUGGUUACGUUUUGAGAGAUGAUAGAAAAACUUAUUUAAGUGAAGUUUGGUAAAGUUGUCACUGAAUAAAAAAUCUAAAUUGAAAAUCGUGUUUUCAGAUGAAGAAAUUGAGAUUCCAUUUUUGGCAAAAAUUAUGAAGCCCUAGCCUCAGUUGAAUGGUGAAGUGCACCAGUUGUGAAGGAAGGAAGAAGACGUUGAGAGUGUUUUUUUUUUUGUUGUUGUUGUUUAUAGUUGAGUGCAGUUUUAGAUGGUAAAAACUUGAGGAAAAAGUAGAUCAUGCUUUUUUGGAUUAUGCUAUUAUGAAUCAUAGGAGUGUCUUGUCCUGUUGCCAUAGUGAUAGUAGAGGUGAACGAGAGGGCCUCUACUAUGAGCCUCUACUAUAUGUGAAAAACAACAUGAUUUUAUAGCUUCGGUUUUUGCAGGUUUACUCAUGUUUAACAAAGUAAACUAUGUUCCUUUAUGCUGUGCUUUUACCUUCAGACAGAGUUAGCUGUUAAAAGUCCUGUUGGGGUCCACAUGGAUCAGGGAAUGACCAUCGGAUUGUUCUGUGUUACUGAUAAAUCCAUAACCAGGAAGUAUUUCUCAUCUACACAAACUGAAAGAGUCGGGAGUCCGUAUAUAGUGUUUUAUUUCGAAAUACCGGAUGACAUGCGUGGUUUUCGUGCUUGAAAUCCUGUUUAGAAAGAUCUUCUCUGUGUAGAUUGGUACGUAUUGGAAGCAUAGAGCAGCAAAAAUACACUCGUCGCAUUUAUUUAGCAGUGCUGCUCUUGAUAUGGAUCUGCAAUGGAGCUGAUACGCGUCCUGUAUGCAUUGCUGCAUUGAUUAGAAAGACAACCUAUUUGCUGCGUGAUACCCGAAGCUGCUGCAAUGCUCCAAAUACGCAUCCUGUAUGUUUUAGCCUUAUGUGAAGGAACAGAAUAUUAACAGUUCACCUUCUUCUGUUGUUCUGUGUGUCUAUUGAUUCACACAUUAAGAAUCAUGAAGAGUAACACCAGUGGACCCCAGUCUGAACAAAUAACAAUGAAGCUGUACACAUCACUUUCAGAUUUUUGGAUUAUCAUGAAACUCCAGCCCCUUUUAUGUAUGAGCUCUUGUAAUAAUGUCAAGAUUCUCAGGUCCUGAAAUUUUCUGGAACUGCCUUUCUCUAAAGAAAUAAAUUGGCUGGUGGGAUCUUGUCAAUGCCAGAAUCAAGCUCUAACAUUACAGCUCAAAUUAAUCAGUUUGGUUUUGUGGAGGAGAGGUUUCAGGGUAUAACAUACAGAAGGAGGAGAUGCCUUCCAUUAUCGUGACUAUUUCUGUGUUAAAAUCCCUAUAGAAUGUAAAGAGGUUUAUGUUGAUCAAAAGCAAAAGUAUAAAUCAUAUGACUGACAAUCAAAGGCAAACAGGACUGAAAAGCAGAGAGACUCCCGAGACUCAGGAUAAGGCUAGCUUGAGUCUGCCUUAAGUCAAGCUUCAAGAGUUUCAGCCAUUCUCAUACACACAUAACUCUUCAAACCAUGUGGGAAUUUUCAUGGCUUGAUGGGGCAUGUUUGUGGGGGGCUUCUGAUUACUCCUGUAAGCUGCAGGAAAUGUUACACUGUACAUUGUGAUAUUUAAUGUGUACUUCUCUUUCUGCUCUCCUUUGGUACCUUUUCCUCAGCGGUGGCUUGUGGCCCCUGAUCUGCAGCAGGAGUUGUAUCGCCACCUUGCCUUGUAUGUACCCAGAAUCUUUUGCCUUGGCCCGAGCCGGGGGAGCAGCAGAGAGGAGCAGAGAGAGGAACAAAGGGAGGAGUUGGCUUGUCAGCUACUGCUACUGGCUCCCCUGGAGUGGCUCCUUUUAGAAGAGGAUCCAGCUGCUGGCCUCGCUCUCCUGCAGGAGAAGAACCUGCCAUCACCACUGUGUGGACAUGUGUUCAAAGUGGGAGAGCCAACCUACUCCUGCAGGUAAACCACACACUCCCCACAAAUGCAGACUCUCUUGUUCACUCGCUCGCUCACUCACUCACUCACUCACUCACUCACUCACUCACUCACUCACUCACUCACUCACUCACUCACUCACUCACUCUCACACACACACACACACACACACACACACACACACAAAGAUAUGUCAGCUGAUAAUCGCUCUGUACAUGUAUGUACGUUUAUUUGUUUGUAGGGAGUGUGCAGCAGACCCCACAUGUGUCCUGUGCAUGCAGUGUUUCCUGGGCAGUGUUCACAAAGAGCAUCGAUACAGGGUAAGUACACAAUCUCACACACACUCUGAGCAACACAGUAAAAAUUUUUAUGGUUUUCUGGUUUAAUGCUGAAAGCAAAGUAGUGUUUACUUGAUAUAAUGUCAUGACCUGAACUUAAAAAAAAACAUUAGAGAGUAUUGUGGUAUCAUGUAAGAUUCUGUACUGUCCUCUGAUGAACAGUGAAAAUGAAGAGUUGUUAAAAAGGCUUUGUUAAACCUUGUGGAUGGCCUGUGAUAUCACUUUUUUCCAGCAGUUUGGUCCAAUGGCACAGUUUUAGCUAGGGAUGCCCCAAUACAACUUUUUUACCUCCAAUACAAUACCGAUAUUGUAGCCUUUAGUAUUGUCCGAUACUGAUAUUGAUCUAAUAUUUGCACAAAAUUGUGCAUGACAAGUUUUGUACUCAGCUGCAACGUCUUUUUCAGACAUAUAUGAAAAAUACUGCCACAGAAUCGACAUCACUCCUGCUCCUAGGUACUUUGUUGGUACCUUAGUACACACUGUUGUUGUGAUCACGUGGGCUCUACAUGCUGAAUAUGGGUGUUGAUAGAGAUACCGGAGCAGAGUCUGGGAUGGACUGCUUGUAUCCGAGUGUUGAUAUCAGUGAUUUUAAAUGCAGGCCGAUAUAAUCCAAUAUUUAAUUUUUAGCUGAUAUUGGACUGAUAUUCGACAUCAAUAUUGUAUCAGAACACCCCUAGUUUUCGCUGUGAUAGUAAAAACAAGAACAUAAACCCAGGCAGACACAUGUUCACACUGCUGUAUGGGGACACCAGGGCAGAGAUGACAUUUGCUGAUGGUGAUAAGCUCAGAUUCUAACUCAUAACAUGUUGAAUUCUGUAUCAUAUCUUGUCCUUUACACAACUACAUAAGAAAAGGGACCAGAUGUUUUGUUAUCACAACCAAUGUUUCAACUCACGCAAUAUAUCACCAUGCUUGCGCUAUAAGACUUGCCAUUGUCAAUGUACAAGAAGCAGAUAGCAUCAGAUUGAUUUAUUCAAUGCAGCAUAUUCCACAGGAAGCUUUUCAGCUCCAUCUCUGCUCUGUGCCAGAAGCGUCUCGACACACUGCUCUGCCAGAGAUAAGCACUGAGUCUAUUUUCACUGCUCUAUGCUUACACGCAUCAAUUUGCACAGAGUAGAUAGCAUCAGACAGGAAGUCAUGCACAAGCAGGGUAAAGUGAAUCGGAUAAAUUUCAAAAUAAAAUGCCAUAUGUAGACUUCUGACUGUUUGUCAGUUCGUGUAGAUGAGAAAUACUACCUGGUUAUGGAUUUGUCAUACACAUAAAACAACCCUAUGGGCUAUCCCUGAUCCAUGUGCACCACAACAAGACUUUGAACUGCUAACUCUGUCUGAAGGUAAGAGCACAGCAUAAAGGAAAAUAUAACAUAGUUUACUUUAUUAAACAUGAGUAAACCUGCAAAAAUCCAAACUGUAAAAUCAUGUUGCUUUUUCACAUACAGUAGAGGCUUAACAGUCACUGAAUAAAAUCCACAUUAGCAGGAAAUAGACCACAGGAAGGCAAAGCAACCUGUUGUGAGCAUGUUGUUUUUGAUACACUGGGUCCAGUUGACCAGGCCUGCACUACACUGCUGCAACGCUCUAAACACUCAUCCAGUGGGCGAUGACGCACUCUGCUCGACUGAGCUGACAGAAUGCGCCCAACACGGAUCCUGUAGGUUUUCGGCUUUAGGCUGCAGCUCUUAGGUCAAAGGUCAAGCUGUCAGCUGCACAAAGACCUGCCAUGACUGAAACUCUUCACCUAAGAGCCCGUCUGCUGCAUGUGACACAAGGGACACACAGUGGAGCUCUCUAUGCUAUAUUUUAGGAGUCAAAUCAGCCAAUGCCAGCUUGAAGGAAUCAGGAUGUUCAUGUGUGAACCCCUUAGUUAACCAGAAAAUUUGGUUAGGGAACAAUAUUACCCAGAAGACAGCACAGGGAAGCAAACAGUGUCACUUUAUCAUGAAUUUGUCCCUCAUUAGCUCAUAAACAACAUGUGGUGGUAAAACAUUUGGUUAGUAACUUUGUGGAGUGUUGCUUAAUUGUUACAUAGUGAUGGCACAUUUCUGUGGAAGUCUUCACACAGGAAAACCAUUCAAAACCCUGAGAACCCUCUCAAAACAGAACAUGUUUUAUGUACUAGCGCAACUCAUAUGUUGGAUUUUACAACACUGUGUGCGUGCGUGCGUGCGUGCGUGCGUGUUCAAGCCAAAGACUUAAGUAAGUGACUGUUUCUGCCACUCAGUGUAACUGUGCGUGUGUGUGCAUGUGUUGCAGAUGACAACAUCAGGAGGUGGAGGUUUCUGUGAUUGUGGAGACACUGAGGCCUGGAAGAAAGGUCCUUACUGCCAUAAACACACACCCACAGACAUCAGCAGGCAGUCACAGGAGGUGAGAAUCGUACCUUUGUACCUAUCUCUUACUUACCUGUGUCUUUCUCUGCCUGUCUCUGUACCUGCCUCUGUACCUGCCUCGUCCUCCACAUUUUGUUAGUGGACUCACUGUGCACUGUUUGUCCUUUCAGGAUCCUGUAGCCCUGCUGCCUGCUGACAUGGUUGCUCGGGGUUACAGCAUUUUUUCUAUCAUCUUGAAAUAUGCUGUGGACAUGCUGACAUGGGAACAAGAGGACCAGCUACCUGAGGGACUUGCACCUCCGUAAGUCACUAAGACCCAACAGAGACACACUCCACACUUAGUGUUUGCAGUUAUUCUUGCAAAAACAUCUCUCUUAAGUGGCUCAUGAUUUCCUAUAGAGCUUACAGAUAUGUCGACUUCCCUUCAUCUUCAGAUCACAUCACUUGGUUUCUGAGGGUGGGGACUGUAAAUCACUACAGCAACCUUGGCCUUAUAUAUUUUUUCUUUUUUUGCUGUGAGCUAACUAAUGUUGCAUGCCCAGCUAUAUAAACCACAACACCCUGGUGGCUCGGCUAAGCUACCUUAUAGGUAUCCGUGGUACUGCACUAGAGUGGUUCAAGUCUUAUUUGACCGACAGAACAAUGAGCGUGAGCCUUGGAGAUACAAAGUCCAGCUCUGCUCCACUGCCGUAUGGGGUUCCACAAGGGUCGAUUUUAGGGCCCCUGCUCUUUUCUUUGUAUUUGUUGCCCCUGGGAUCCAUCUUAAGAAAGCAUGGCAUUUCAUUUCAUUGUUAUGCUGAUGACAGUCAGAUAUAUGUGCCACUUAGCAAGAAAAAUGCUUUCUCUCUCACUCCACUUCUGGCAUGUCUUGAAGACAUCAAAGCCUGGAUGGCUUUGAAUUUCUCAAAUUUCAAUGAAAAAAAACAGAAGUGAUGGUCUUUGGUCCCAGUGGCCCUUGUGAAACCCCUCCUGUAGACUUGGGUAUUUGUUAGGUCUAAAACCUGCAACAUUUACCUGAUAACAUAAAGAAGAGAAAGACAAUGGUACAUACUCGAGGAGAAUGGACCGAGAUAGCUUCAGGUACCAUCUCGAAACCACUCUGAAAGGUAUUUCCGCCCAGUCUCUUUUAUUUAGGGUUGUCCUUGGUCACACAAUGUUUCUAAAAGGGUGGGGGUAAAUGUGCUGCAAAGUAAGCAUUUAAUAAUGAACAAUUUGUGAAUAUGUGAAGGUCAAGGCGGCAUCUAAAGAGCUCCUUCUGAUAAGCGUGUCCUCCCCUUAUUUCCUUCCCACGAUUCAUAGUGGAGGAUACAUCACACACACCUGCUGAUAGGAGAAACGAGUUCACAGAGAAGUUAAGAAACAUUCAUGUGCUGUGUAAUUAAGCUAUUGGAGAGAGAAGUUAGAAAAUACUCUUAUAUGAUGUAUAAAAAGAGGUCAAAGGGAUUAUACUUGUAGUAUAAACUCUUACAUAAGAAUAUGAGGAAUAAUGAUAACUUCUAUAUACAUUUAUGCACAUUAUUCUAACAGUAUUUUAGCAGAUUAUUUAAAGCCAACCGUCUCAAAUUUGGGUUUUAAGAUGGACAGUGAUUUUAAAUUUGAUAGGCAAAUUAGCUCGGUAGUGAAAUCCAGUUUUUAUCAUAUUAGGCAGCUUGCGAAGGCAAAGCCUUUUCUUUCACGUACGCACUUUGAAACAGUAAUCCAUGCCUUUGUUACAUCUCGGCUGGAUUACUGUAACGCACUUUAUUUUGGAGUCAGCCAGUCCUCCCUCUCACGUCUCCAGUUAGUUCAAAACGCAGCCGCCCGGCUCUUAACUGGAGUACGUAAGAGGGAGCACAUUACUCCCAUCCUGGCCUCCCUCCACUGGUUACCUGUGCAUUUUAGAGUUCAUUUUAAGAUUCUUUUAUUUGUUUUUAAAUCUUUAAAUGGUCUGGCUCCAUCUUACCUCUCUGAGCUUCUCCACCCCUACACCCCUGCUCGGUGCCUCAGGUGAGCUGAUCAGCUGCUCCUGGAGGUACCGAGGUCCAAACGGAAGCUCAGAGGGGAUAGAUCUUUUUCUGUUGCAGCCCCAAAUUUAUGGAACGAGCUACCCCUCCAAAUUAGACAAGCCCCCACACUGUCCAUUUUUAAAACUCGUCUUAAAACCCAUUUUUAUUCAUUGGCUUUUAACCCUGCAUGAGACUCGGCUCCUGUUUUAGUGUUUUAUGGUUUGUUUUUAGUUAUUUGUUUCUAUGUUUUUAAAUUAGUUUUUAAAAACAUUGAAGCUAUAUUUUACUUUUAAUUCUGCUUUUAUUUUAUCCAGUGUUUUAAUUGUUUCUUGAUUGUUUUUUAUCUUGUUGUUUUGUCUAGUUAUGUACAGCACUUUGUUCAGCUGUGGUUGUUUUAAAGUGCUCUACAAAUAAAGUUGAGUUGAGUUGAGUUGAGAAUAAUAUAAUUGUAAGAGGUAAAAUGUCAAGUAAGUGUCACAAGAUCAAAAAUGCUGAAGGGGAAAAACACAGCAAGAUCUCCGGUAUAACAAGUUGAGGACUUCAAAACCAAAGUGAAUGUUUGCAUCCUUAUCGAGUACGCAGUGUAGUGACUGCUUUCCUUCAACAAAAAGGCCGCUGGGGUUUAGGAUUGCUUGCAUCUGUGACUCAUUCACUUAUCAGUCCGGUUUGAGUGUUAAAAGUGGUUUAUUGUUCCAAAAAAAGGAAAGAAAACACACUGAUCCAGGUCCAAAACUUUUGCCUUCGAAUGAAAAAGUGAUAAGAUGAAAUGAGGUUAAAAUAGGAUGAGUGAAAUGGUCAACAGAAAAUUAUCAGAGUUUACCACAACCCAUUGUCUGACUACCCUGGUGAAAUUUAAAUAACCAGCCAAACAUCCCAAAACCACACCCCUCAGUGACGAUCCCCAGAAGUGACAUACUUAUUAGAAAUCAUACUGUCAGUGUCAACCAAUAUAAUUUGGCUCCUACAUACAGUUUUAAAAUGUGUGUUGAGUUGAUGAGAUUUUUCACACACUGUAUGCAGUCACCCUCUCAGAUAACCUCUACUGCCUGUGUUUUCCGCCUUUUUUAUCCUCUUUUUAUAAUAACAUUCAUGUACUGCAAAAUGGUACUCAUCUUGAUUGUUUGUGUAUGUGAGUUCAUGUUUGUGGUUUUCUGUGUGUGUAAUUUCAGGGAGAGAGAGGACACAUACUAUUGCAUGCUGUUCAAUGAUGAAGUCCACACGUAUGAGCAGGUGAUCUACACCCUGCAAAAAGCUGUCAACUGCAGCCAGAAGGAAGCUGUCAGCUUUGCUACCACAGUGGACCGAGAUGUUAGUACUCUCUUUAUUUUUUUUUCUUGGUUUAUAUAUCAUGUUUAACUCAUUAAGUAGAAAAACCUUUUUCAUUAUCAAAUAUUAAUAAAGAAUACUCUUUAUACCCCUGUGGUGUCAUGUUGCUCUUAUAUACUCUAUAUCACUCUCCAUUUUUGUAUGUGUGUCCAGGGCAGAAAGUCUGUUCGAUAUGGAGAUUUCCAGUUCUGUGAGCAGGCCAAGUCUGUCAUAGUGGUGAGUUUCCUUCUCCUCACUAUCUCGAAUCAUCACCCUAAACUUCCUGCGUUAUUCUCAUAUGAAACUGCCUUACUGUGUCAUAUGAUACGAAAACAUUUUGGGAAUUUUCAUGAAGGCAGAUCAUCGUCUAGUUAUUCAUCCUUACUCUAUGUAGCCCCUCUUCCUCCUGUCUGACACUUUUUCUCUCCCUCACAUCUUGUUUCUCACCAACAGAGAAACACCAGCCGUCAGUCAAAGCCUCUCAGGGUUCAGGUGAUGCAUUCAUCUGUUGUUGCUCAUCAGUGUUUUGCUCUGAAGGCCCUCAGCUGGUUGGGACAGGUCAUCCAGUACUCUGGUAUGUCUGGACUUCUCUACCAAUAAUCCCUCUGUGUGUUUGUACGACUGCCACCACUGCUUAGUGUAUACCUGUUGUGUUACAGAUGGUCUGAGGAGGCUCCUGUGUCAGGUUGGUCUGCAGAGAGGUCCAGAGGGAGAGAACUCCUCUCUGGUCGACAAGCUGAUGCUCAAUGACUCCAAGAUGUGGAAAGGUAACAAACUUCUCUUCAUUUUGGUUUUAUUUAGAUAUAUGAAAGCAACAGCACUCGCAUAACACCCUUUACAGUCUAUCUCACUAAUAAACACCAAGUAUAUUUUUAGCCAUCAAAGUAUAAUGCCAACCAUUUUCAUAUUUGUAAUCCUCAUUUAGUGACCUUCCAUGAUCAGCAAUUAAUAUAUCCCUUGUUGCUCUCUGUCCCUAACAACUCUGUUAACCUACAGUGCCUGACCCAUGCUCUCUAAGUUAUCAGUGAGGGAGAAGUAGCCCCUCCUGUAAAUGCAGUGAUUCAAGAGCAACAUCUCAUGUUAAAUGAGAAACACUCUUAUUCUUUCAAAGACAAGUGUAGCAGCAGAUGACAGUUUGCACUAAUGACUGCUACAGCUCCUAUCAUAAACCAGUCAGACAAAGGGUUUAAUCUCAUGCUUAUAUAAUAGACAAUAUUACAUACAUUUUUAAGUCAAUACAGGUUUAUUGCAACAUCCCUAGAGUGUACAAAUAGAUGCUGUGAUGUGUGAGGAAGGGAGGCUCAACAAAAAAGGAAAAAAAUAACAGGUUGGGCAGAUGAAAGUUGCUUGCUGAUAAGUGGGUAAUAAGUUGGUCAGCCUGGUACAAUUAAUAUUUCAACAAAUCUAAAAAAAGAAUUGAUAAACCACAUUACACAAUGAAAAUGGGGUGAUUGUGUAUUUAUGCAUCUGUAAAGGUAACAAACCAAAACACAUAUUUUGCUGUGCUCCUUUUGAAAACAUGACAUGCCUCACUGUCAUUACCUUUCUCUCUGUAGGAGCAAGGAAUAUCUACCACCAGUUGCUGAUGAACAGCCUCCUCAUGGACCUCAAGUACAAGAAGAUCUUUGCCAUCCAGUUUGCCAAGGUAACACAACCUCUACCUACAUAACUACUCUAAUACACCUUGUAUUCAUUAAAAUUAACACACAACAAAUGAUUACACCUGAUCAGGAACUGGGUAUUACACCAGGGACCUGUUGCACCACCUGUGUGUAAGUUAUGUCUUAAGUUAGGGUGUAAAGUCCACACUAAACUAGGGAUGGGAAUCGAGAACCGGUUCUUAUUGAGAACUGGUUCCAAAUAGUUCAAUCCAUUGAUAUCAUUUACAUUUUAUCUCAACGAUUCCCUUAACAAUUCCUUUCUUCCGAGUGCCUUGAAAAACGGUCUCGCGAGUGCCAGUCUACGCGAACGAGAACAGAGACAGAGAAAGAAAACAUGGCGGAUGGUUGAAAAGUAGGCAGAAACGAGCUAAAGUGUGGCUUAAUUUUACUAAGAAAGAUGACAACAGUGCAACGUUUGCUUAAAUAUUUCUUAACAGGGCACGGCAUCAGAUAUAAGGAGUCACAUGGAUUUAAUGCUUUCUGCCGGCAACAGGUAUUGUGCUGUAGAAUGGAUCCCCUGCAUCCCAUCCAGCUUCUUAAAGUAGAAGAAAUAUGAUCUCAUAUUUAAAAAAAAAAGUAUUGGAUCAUGACAAUUUGUCAAAUGGAGCAGCAAACUUUCAUUCUGUUUUCAUGUGUCUCAAAAAUGCACAUAUGUGUACUUGGGUAUAUAAACUGUAAGCUGUCAAGGUAGAUUUUGAGACAGGAAAUAUCCCGAAUCAGAGAGCUGUUGUUUUCGGCUUAUCUGAAUAACUUGAAUGAAAUCAUUAAAGGCACACGCUUUUGAAUGAAUACAAUGGUAAGGAAAACUUGGAUUAUUUCACCUUAUGUACUUUCAACUGCGCUCCCGUCAGGGGAUGCAUUCUAUGGCAGGGGUGCAUUCUACGGCACAACACCGGUCGUCAGCCGCUGCAGCUCCGUCUCAGCACGGCAUGAAAGGUACGUACAGUACAGGCCAAAAGUUUGGACACACCUUCUCAUUCAAUGCAUUUUCUUUGUUUUCAUUACUAUUUAAAUUGUAGAUUCUCAAAACUAUGAAUGAACACAUGUGGAAUCAUGUGCUUAAGAAAAAAGUGUGAAAUAACUGAAAACAUGUUUUAUAUUUUAGAUUUCUCAAAGUAGCCACCCUUUGCUUUUUUGAUAGCGCUGCAAACUUUAGCUGUUCUCUCAAUGAGCUUCAUGAGGUAGUCACCUGAAAUGGUUUUUACUUCACAGGAGUGCCUGAAGUAACCCUGACAAGGUACUUCUGUCAUCAAGAGCAAAGGGUGGCUAUUUUAAAGAAACUAGAAUAUAAAACAUGUUUUCGGUUAUUUCACACUUUCUUUAUAAGUACAAAUUCUACAUGCGUUCAUUCAUAGUUUUAAUGCCUUCAGUAAUAAUCUACAAUGUAAACAGUCAUAUAAAAAAAUAAAGAAAAGACAUUGAAUGAGAAGGUGUGUCCAAACUUUUGGCCUGUACUGUAUGUUAGGGUGAUGAUACAUCGUUUUACCCGGACACGUCCUCUUUUUUUCUCCGGGGGGAGUUUAUAAAAUCCUUCAAAUGUCCGGAACAUGUGUCCAUUGAUUAUAAAACAGUUCAGAGCAUCCGUGCUCUCUGCAGCUCCGCCCCUACGCUCACUUCUAGGCAAAGUCACUGACGUGACGCACACAUGCACUGUCUUUGGGAACUCAGAAUAUGUGUUUCACUGAGUUAGAAGCGCAUAAAAACUACCGACCGACUAAAAAAAACCCCAAAAUUGCACACACAAGUCCGUCUCCGCGUAGUAGUGUCCUCUUUUUGGAGAUUCAGAAUAUGGUCCCCCUAGUGUAUGUCCUGUGUUAACAUAAGCACAAAGAAAUGUCAGAAAUGCUGUACAAAUAGCAUUUUUGUUUGAUUAUUUUUAGACUCUCGCUGAAGGUUGCAUACAUCUUUUUCGGUUAUCAGAGGCUCAAUAAAAUUUUGAGUUAACUGUGAAAACCUAUAGUCUACUUUUUUUAAAUAAAAAAAAGGCAUUGAUAAGGGAAUCGUUAAAGAAUUGAAUCAAUAAGCAGAAUCGAUAAGGGCAUCGAUAUAAACAAAAUCUUAACAAUUCCCUACACUAAACUGUGUAAAGUUUUUGCUACACAAGUUUUACCUUUGUUAAGUUGCAUCCUGAGGACAUAAGGUUAAUCCUAACUAGCCCCAAGAGUGUCCAAACUAACCAGAAUAUUGCUUCAGGUAUGAUGUAUGCCCUUCCUGUAUCCAAUCAGAGACAAAGCGCUUUUUCUUCUGGAGUGAUUAUUAAAAGGCCAACUCUUACGGCAAAAAAUAUGAGCCAUUAGCACCUGCUACUCAACCAACUGCAGCAGAAAGGUCUGUGAAAUAUGACAAGUAAUCUGUCGUGUAAAAUUACCACAGUGACAUUGCGUGGUUCACCAACUAUAACUUACUCAUAAUUUAAGGCAGUUUUUGAUGUAGAUCUCUACUAGUGGAAGUUAACAGUACCAUUUUUAAAUUGAUUUACUCUCACAGAAAACAUGUUGCCUGUACAAAAAAGUCGAUCAAAUGAUCUACUCUUUGUCCCCUUUUCAGUUAUCCCAUCUCUAAAAAUGAUACGCCAUGAUGGACCUGCUCAGGGCUUGGUGUAAGAUUUAACUCGUAACUUGUGCUCACAUUGAAACUAACUCAGUUGGUGCAACCCAAAAAUGUAAGUAGUGUAAAAACUCCACCCUUAAUCAGAAACUACAUUGAAACUUUGUGGGUGCAGCCCAGUGCUGAUCAUAACACACAUUCUGUCAUCACUACCCCUAAUCUUUUCUGCUGUUCACAUUUUUCUGCACUCUGCAUAAAGUUUCUACAUGUUUGUGUUUUUUCAGUCAAGAGUUGAUUGUUUGCCACCUAAAAUAGCUUAACUCACCAGCUGCUUCCAAAGUUCGAUAUAGAAUAAAAUAAAACUUUAUUGAUCCCCCAAAGGGGAAAUGCGUAUUGUCACAGCAGCAACAGAUACGAUAAAUAGCUAUGACAACAGAUAAAUAAAUAUCAUCCCACCUGAGCUUUUUUUUUAGCUUUUGACCUCAGAUGGUCUGUCUUGGAGUUGAAUGAGGAGUGUAUGAAAAUGUCAUUCAGUCACAGUCAUCACCAAGCUUUACAGGCUGACCAGAAAACCUCAUUAACAGGAAAAUACAGCCGUCUUAUUCUCCAGAUUGAUGUUCAUACAUUCUGGGUUAAAUGGUGACGGUUUACUAGUUUGUGUUUCUGAUAAACAGUCUGGUUGUUGUUUUGAUUAAGUCUCCUGUGACCUGUUUUUUUUUUCUUCUUUUUGGCCUGAUACAGAUGAGAUUAGCCUUCAGUCCCCAUGAACAACAAGAUGUGACUGUAGCAGGUCUCAGACAAAAAGAUUAUUUUCUUCAACUAACAAAAACUGCAAGUGACCCAGAAGGAUCUGAAUUUGUUUUUUUAAUAUCUUAUUGACAAAAGAUAAAUCUGACAGGGCCCUACUGUUUAACAGAAAGAGAAAAAAGUUUGUCAGGCUUAGUUUCUUUUUCUGUCAAAAUUCCAAUUUACUACAUCAAUUAAUUUUCCUAAAACUCCGGAAAACUUCUCAGAUAAAUCACACAAGAUUGGGUGCUGACAUUGAUAAGCCGUGAGGCGCUGCUAGUAGAAAGGUUUGUUUAAAAAAGCUUAAGCAAAAAAAAUAGCAGCCCAUCAGCAGCGACCUCUGACCCAGAGGUGAAAUGUCGUCCCCCUUUUAGAACUACAGACGCCUCCAGACAGAUUUUAUGGAGGAUGACCACGAGCGAGUUGUGUCAGUGACCUCUUUGUCAGUUCAACUCUUCACCGUCCCGACCAUGGUGAGUACUCCUCCUCCUCUGCACCUCCACACACCUUUCUCUCUCUGCCUGUCUCUCCCUCUGCUGGUAGAAUUAUGAACGCUUGCAGUGCGACUACGUCAGAGAUGACCACGACCGUGAGUUCUCCAUCACUGACCUGUCAGUGCAAAUAUUCACCGUCCCGUCGCUGGUGAGUGCAGUCUGAUUUUCUGUUGAGGUGUGAAAUGAGAAUGGGAGAUGUUCAUCACUGCAGCUGGACGGGUUCAUCUCUUCAACUCUUACUGAUCUCUUGAUUCAGUCAUAGAUACAAUGCACUUUUUCCUGUCCUGUCAUUAACACAUAUAUUUUUUUAGAAUAAAGGAGGGCUAUCAUUGCAGUCCAGAUCAAGAAUAAUUCAAAUUUCUUGAUCAAAUUCAAUGAUUAAAAUUUUCUUGGGGGGCGGAGGGGCCUCAAAGGGAAUUCAUACAAGUUUUAAUGAUAAUGACUGAAACUGACAUUGGGAAAUGUUUCAGGUCAGUAGUAGUAUUAGUGAAGUGUCAGUGGGUCUAUUGGUCGAUUAGGUUAGGUUCUUCGGCCAGGUGAAGAAGCUAAGGUCAUAUUUGAAAACCCAGGCUGUCAGUCUGUAUAUUUACAACAUGCUGGAAACUUAUUUUGUGAGUUCCUUGUUUGGAUGUUGGGGAGUUGAUGUUUUGCAGGGACUGGAAGGUUUCUUUUGCUGAAACACUACUCAGACUUGCUGUAAAGAUUAUCCUGCUCCCCCCUCAGUGGUAAAAAUAUUCAGAUGAAUAUAAACUGGUCUCACGUUUUUUUCAGAUGAAGCCUCUAAACAACAAGAAGGCCGUCAAUCUGAAAGAAACUUUUAGAGCAAAACCAACUUCUUAACCCUUGAGAUUUGCUCCUCAAGCUGCACUGGUCCAGAAAAUACCACGUUUAAGUGAUAGCAGUUGCUGUUUGACCUGAAUAUAAGCACUUAUAAGAGGAGAGGUUUUUGCUUGUCCUUUCUUAAAUCUGUAUCCUCUGGUGUGUGCUGCUCAGUGCCUGUCUGCAUACCUCUCUUUCUAGCCCUUUUCUGCUCUCAAGGUGACCCAGUCCUUCUAGAGUGUGUGUGUGUGUGUGUGUGUGUGUGUGUGUGUGUGUGUGUGUGUGUGUGUGUGUGUGUGUGUGUGUGUGUGUGUGUGUGUGUGUGUGUGUGUGUGUGUGUGUGUGUGUGUGUGUGUGGGUGUGUGGGUGUGGGCAUUUGUGUGUGUAUCCUUGGCCUUUAAAUGUCUGAUAUGCAUACCUAAAGGAGUUUAAACUUGCUAGUGCCACUUCAUUUAGAGACUGUAGAAUAAAAAGAAAAUAAUAAACUUUCAAGGAAAUAGAUUCUUUUUCUUUUUUGCUACUUUUUUGUCAUUUUUUUCACUUAUAAAGACAUGGGUAGAGCACAGUUGAACAUCACCAAAAAUGAAAGAACAGACAGCGGAGCACACUUGAGAUGUAAUUAACUUACAUUUCUUUACGGGUCCAUCAAAGUUCAAAGUGAGAGAUAGUGCUCCCGUCUUCUGCAUCAUAUUGAAGCCAUUUGAACCACCUCUUGGUGAAAUCUGCUCCUCUAAGUCUUAGUGAAAAAGUUAUUUUUUUCCAUUUUACAUAUUUCAGACACAGUUUCCAUCCAUUCCUUGAGGUCUGGGGUCUCAGGUUUAUACCAUCUUCUUGAAAUUAUUUUUUUUUACAAGCCACAAGCAGUAUCUUACACAAAUACCAGUCCUUUUAAGAAACAUUUCCUGAAAACAAACCAAAAUACACUCACAUCAUGUGGUAGUGCAUAACCUAAAACUUUGCACAAAUUUGUGACAGUCUUUACCCAGAAUAACUGAAUAUUUUUAUUUUGACCAAAAAGUAUGGGAGUGAUUGCCUUUUAUGUGCCCACAAUGUCUCCAACAUAGGUUUUGUGUUUUGGAUUGUAGAUUUUCAGUGUUUGGUGUUAUAAAAUAACCAAUGAAAUUCUUCCAUCCAAAUUCCCCCCAUUUCUUGGAACUUGUGGAUGAGUGUUGUGUGUUCCACAUCAACCCCCAAUCCUCCAGUGGUAUUUCUACUGGAUUCAUAUUGUUUAUAACUUCAUUUACUACCAGUAAUGAUAAAAAUGUUCCACUUCACUCUUUCUAUGUCAACACUAAAUCACUGCAUGUAUUGAUUAUAUACCUUCACACUGUUUCAUCACCAGCCUAAUUAAGACCCUUUUGAAAGGCUUUACAAGUAUCAAAACUUUUCUGUAAUUGUUAUAAUUAGAAGGUGCUGUUAUCAUUUUCAUGAUCAUAGUUGUUUUCACAAUCAGUUAUUAUUCUUUAUUCGUAUCACUUGAGUCCAGGUACAUAUUUACUUUCUAUGAAGGGCCUAAAGUUAGCUUCUAUCAUUGUUAAUGUGAAUUGCUUUUCUAGAUUCUUUAUUACAACUGUUCAAUAACCUAAUACCAGCAGUGUGCAGGGCUUUAGCUUCCUCUAUGUCAUAAUGGGGGACCAUGGUUGUCUGUUGUUAAGUAAUUUCUGCCAGCAGAUCAGUGAAGUAAAUGUGCUGAUGUCAUAGUCUGUUCUUCUGUUUGAUAACUGCAGGCCCGGAUGCUGAUGGUGGAGGAGAACCUGAUGACGACUAUCAUUAGAACAUUUGUUGAUCACCUUCGUCACAGGGACCUGCAGGGACGCUUCCAGUUUGACCGCUACACUGCCCAGCAGGCUUUCAAGUUUGGGCGUGUCCAGAGCCUCAUUGGAGACCUGAAGUUAGGACCAAUGCAUGCAUUUACACAUCUGUUUAUUUAUUAUUAUUAUUAUUAUUAUUAUUAUCAUCAGUAUCAGUAUCAGUAUUAGUAUUAUUAUUAGUAUUAUUAUUAUUGUAAUUACUUUGAUUUAUUUAUUUAUAUAUAAAUAUAUAAAGUAGACCCCAUUAACCACUGCCACAACAAUUUGUACAUCAAGUUAUACACAAGUUAUGAACCAGUUAGUUUGUUCACUAGUUACUGCAUAUUAACAGUUUUUACCAGUUUACAGGACGGUAACUACACCAAUACAUAUCAAGUAAAAUGCAGAUUUAACACCUUUUUCACAUACAUGUUAAAUUCCAGUGACAUAUUGGUUUUAAACCAGAUUAUACACCAUUUAUAAAGCUCUUCAAAUGUAGUUUUAUGUUCCAGUUCAUCAUCUUUAAUACCAAUAAGAUAAAAGCAGUUCCAUUAAUUACUAAUAGGUGUGUCUGUUUUUUAGGUACGUAUUGAUUAGUCGUCCCACUGAGUGGAGCGAUCAGCUCAGACAGAAGUUUCUAGAAGGUUUUGAUGCUUUCCUGGAGCUACUCAAGUGUAUGCAGGUAACCCACAGCCAAAGACCCACAUGACUGUAACCUGCCCAUUAAAGCUGUGCAAUACAAUAACAUGAGGUUGUGAAGGGUUAGAAGGUUUCCAUGAUCCAACAGUUCAAAUGAAUCUACUUUAUGUAGGAGUUUUUUUUUUUUUUGAAUGGACAAACCACAGGCUAAAUAACAAUAUAUCCCCAGAUACAGUGAGUUUCCUAUGAAAGAGGAUAAGGGCCACAAGAAGAGAGAAAAAAUAAUUACAGUAGGGAGAUUUUUUUAAUUUCCAUUUCGAGAUGAGAGUCGCAAUUUCAAGAUUAAAGUCAAAAUUUUAAAAAGUCGACUUUAUUCAUGUCAACUUUAAUCUCAAAAUUUUGACUUAAAUCUCAAAAUUUUAGUUUUUUUGACCUCGAAAUUUUGACUUUAAUCUUGAGAUUUAAAUUUUUUAUCUCAAAAUUUUGACUUUAACGCCCUUCUUGUAAUUAUUAUUUUUUCUCUCUCUGUGGCCCUAAUCACCUUUAGUUGUUUCCAGCAUUGUUAACCUGCAACACAGCAUUUUGAAAGUUUUCUUGUCAAGUGCUACUGUUUUGUACUAAGCAGUUUAUCUGCUAAUGGUUAGUGUCAGACACUCACUUAGUGCACUGCAAAGAUCAUAAAAGCACUGACAGAUUCUUACAUAAUCAUAUGCUGUUGUAUAACGCACACACUGGCAUGCUAGGUAGCUCUUCUUAGUUUAUUAUUUGAAAAUAUGAGUUCAGAUCAUUUCAAAUGUAGUGAAGAUUGGGUUUAAGUGCUUACUCUUUCCAGACGUGAAUCAAACAGAACAGCAGUGAUCUCAGGGAGAGGUGAAUAAGGUAUGGCACUAGAUUCAGCCUGUAUUACUAACUGUUUGGUCAUGUAGAAGCUUUAGGCUUGAUUAGUUGAUAAUUUCUCUAACUUUUCUCUGUAAAAGUUACCCUGCCUUCUACCUUUUUGAGAAGAUUGGCUGUUUUGAAAAGUUUCAGAGGAUUUAUUUGUACAUUUUAUCGAGAUAGAAAUGAAAAAUUAUGAUUCAUGUAGUUAAACUCUUGCUGAAGUACUUUUAUUUUGGGGUAAGUCUGACCUAAAUUGCACCUCUCAUGGAUUGACUGUUUACUUGAAAAAGGUGAUCCUUGUCUUUACCGGAUUCUAAAUGUUUCAGAUCCUUAGGCUGCCAUUUGAAUGAUGUUGCCUUUAAUCUGCUUUGAAGGGGACAUUCAUUUGAUAUUUAAGUGAACAGUUACAUACCAAGUACUACAUCAGAAACAAAGAGACACAUAAAUACUGAUAUGCAAGAUUGCACACUGCCUAAGUGGUGGUGGUGUUCACUUUUAAAAACAAAUGUUAACUUUUGUAUUAAGCAAAAAAGUCUGUGACUGAUAAACUUUAGGUCUUAUCCAUGUCAUCAUUCCUGUUGUACUUGCAACUAGUUGGCAUUAAAAGCACAAUCUGUUCAAAAAGAUGCAAACAGGCCCUAAAUGCUGUGUUUUUCCUUCCUUCACAUAAUUUUUAGAAGGAAAAUUGGUUACAUUGUAAUGUCCAGUAACUCACUGAAUAGUUUUGAAAACAAAGACAAAGUUUGGUGAUGAAAACUGGAUUAUAAUUCUGCAAGGAAAAGUGACAUGAGUUUUUUGCCAUAUUUCCCACCCUUGCUGGUCAGAGAGAGCCCUGACUUUUUCUAGACCCAGCGUGUUUCUUUUUCUGUUUCUGCUGAAACAUCUGAACCUGUCAGUCUGACUGUUUGUGUGUCUCACCCUGUCAGUCUCUCUCUGAACCUGUCUCUGUUUUUGUCCUGGACUUUUCUCUCUAUUUCAGGGUAUGGAUCCAGUUGUGAGGCAGGUGGGGCAGCACAUCGAGAUGGAGCCAGAGUGGGAGGCAGCAUUCACUCUGCAGAUGAAACUGACUCAUAUUAUCUCCAUGAUCCAAGAGUGGUGCUCCACUGAUGUAAGACUACUACUAUUACUUAAGUAAUAGUACUAAUAAUACUUUUACUUAAGUAAUAGUACAAAAUAUUAUUAAUUAUUUCUUUUUUUGUGCAUGAACUUGAAAAUAACAUCUAAAGUGGCUGUUAGAAGCCGACCAACAGCCUAGAUGUGCUUUGAUAGAGGUAUAAGCAAGUCAUUAUGGGCUCCAAAAAUUCCAAGUGUUUUGACUCAGUUGUACUUUUGGGGUCCAUACAUUGACAACUGUGUCCUGUUAAAACUUGGCAACAUCUAACUGUGUACUCAGGACAGUGAGACAUCUAUCUUUGUAAAAUGUUUAAAGCAAAUAAAUUGGGCAGCAGCAGAGCAUCUGCAUUUUUCUGUACUUGCUUUAUGUGCUCAAGCAAGUUGGAGUAAGCAAAUUAAGUGUUGGGUGCCCAACAUUUCCUCGGGGAAAAUCCCUGCUUCCUAUUCCCUCAUCACAUGUUUCCGAGAGGUGGCCAUACCUCUUCUCACAAAAUGGACGUAAGGCCUGAAGCCCACAUGAUUGAGCGCGUUCCAUCAGCAUCGUGUAUCACGCUGCAAAUUGGUUCCCAUUCUAAUCAAUGUAUCGUCACACACAAGAAGCACCUCUGCUCAAUCUCAGAAGCAUGUCGAGUGCUAUUCUGCUUAAGAUAUGUGCUGACAGUCUAUUUUCCCUGCUCUACGCUUCUAACAUGCGUCAAUCCACACAGAGAACAUCGUUUUAGACAGGACUUUGAACUGAAGGUAACAGCACAGCAUAAAGGAACAUUGUUUACUUUAUUAAACAGGAGUAAACCUGCAAAAACCCAAACUGUAAAAUCACGUUGCUUCUUCACAUACAGUAGAGGCUCAACGAUCACUGAAUUAUAUCCAAAUUAGCAGGAAAUAGACCACAGAACGGAAAAACAACCUAUUGUGAAGAUGUUGUUUCCUCUAUACUGAGCCCAGCUGACCGAGGCUGCGCUACGCUGCUGCUACGCUCCAAAUACGCUUCCUGAGGGCGAUGAAAUGCGCUGCUCGGUGGAGCAAAUAUGCAACACUGAACGCGCUCAACGUGGAUCCUGUGGGUUUUAGGCUUACUGUUGGCUGGCAUAUAUCAGAUAUGUGUACUUUUUAUAUGUCAAAGAGUUGAAACCUACGUAUAAACAUAUUUCAGGGGAAAGUCAUGGAUUUAAGGUGAUACUUCGUCAUGAGACAUUUAAUGUGAAAUCUUUUGCCUCUAUGUGUUUGCUUUUUACUCAUACUGUACAUGCCCAUGUGUCUUUCCAUGUGUCAGGAGCAUGUGCUGAUUGAAGCCUACAAAAAGUGUCUGAGCGUGCUCAGCCACUGUCAGAGCAGUCUACCAGAUGGCGAGCAGCCAAUCAGCUUGAGUCUGGCAGGUCACUGCGUGGAGACGUUCCGGUACCAUGUAUCUCAGGACAAAGUGUCUAUACACCUGCCUGUUUGCAGACUCCUGGCAGGUAAACCCACAUGCUCAGUCAGACACACAGUCGGUUAGUCCAGACUCUGCUCAGAAAUUGAAAAGAAGUCUGCUUCAUGUCAGCAGUGUAAAAGUUGUAGCUUGUGGAAAAACCAGAAACAAUUUGAGUAAGUGAUUGUGGACAUGAGCUUUGAAGUUAUGAACCAUGUCUCUUCAUUCAUAAAGAAUAAAUUAGACUAAAACUGCCCCCCCUCUCACCUCUUCCUCCUCCAGGGCUCCAUGUUCUCCUCAGCAGGACAGAAGUAGCCUCACGUUUCCCAGAACGGCUUCCUCUGGUUAGUAACCUCUCUGCAGCCUGUCUGCACGCCUGUUACAAGAAACAGAUUAAUACACCUGUCUUAACAUGUUUUUGUGCAUCCUCAGGGAGAACUCAGCCCCCCUCUUCUGAUUGAGCUCCCCCUUCGGUGCCUUGUGCUUUGUGCCCAGGUGCAUGCUGGGAUGUGGAGGAGAAAUGGGUUUUCCUUGAUCAAUCAGGUAAGUGCCAUGUCAGUACCUGAUAACCAGUACUGAGGUGAUCAACUUGGGACAUUGGUCAGCCUGUUUUAGAUCGGAGCAGUGUUUUGCUUUUACUAGAAAGAUAUCCUGAUGGUGAUGAUAGCGGCAAUGAAAAGAAAAGUAAUUCAAAGAGAUUGCAGAUAAAAGCAAUGGUGAAAUCUUAGUGAAUUUCUAAACUAAAUUCUUAGAAAUUAAAAAGCCAAGUUGUGGCAUUGUGAGAGCAAUAAAAGGGAGCUGAUCUUAGGGGAUUACUCUGGACUAUUUGUUACGGUUAUGAAGAAGUCAGUCUGUUUUUGAACAAAGGCAGCAGAAACCUGCUAGAAAUGAAACUAUAAAUCAGUAAAAUUACAUGUCCUGUGACUGAAACAGGUUAUAAACAUGAUUGUUCAGUGGCUGCAGUCACAGUUUGAAACAGAUGAAAUGAGGUGUUGAAUUGCAGCUGGACAUACCGCAACAGAAAUUUGUGCUCCCAUAAUUGCUGCAUAAUUGUUAAGGUGCGUCAGUUUGACUCAAAGGGUUUUUUUUGUUUUUUUUUUAGCAUUUUAUGAUUUUAUCCAAAGAGAACAGUCUGUCAGUGAAUGUGAACUGAGGUUACUCCAAGUUGUCUCUGUUGUUAAUACGGUGAUGUUAUUUUUGAAGCCAACACUGGAUGUAUUUUGGAUAUGUUGUUCAUCUAAUUAAAGCUGCCGUUAUGAAUUCUUAGUUUGUCUCCAUUUUAGCACCUCCUGUAGACAAAGCUUUCUAAAGGAAGACGCAUUUCUGGGAACAAGUUUUUUAGUUGAUGAAUGAACAACACAUUUGUUUUACCUUUCAGAUUUACUACUAUCACAACGUCAAGUGCAGAGUGGAGAUGUUCGACAAAGACAUCAUCAUGCUGCAGGUAAAGACACACUUCACUGUCACUACUCACACUGAGUGUCUUUUCAGUCUACUGUCACACUAUGACAAAGCCUGGCCAUGCUCACUCUGCCUGGCUGUCCUGACUCAGCCUUUUUCUGCUUAUUCUGACUCAGCCUGACCCCACUGACUGCAUUCACAUAGCUUUAUUCACUGACCAAUUCACCCUGACUUUACAGACUCUACAGCAUUUCCCUAUACUCAUGUUCAUAUCCUUACUGGUUCAACUGAUGCUAAUGACUCAUUCUGACUCUACUGACUCAGUACAAAAGAGAGUAUAAAAGUGGAGCAUCUGUGAUUUCUUUUGCUAUCAGAGUCACAGCAAAGACAUUACUGAGGACUCAUGUUCCCCCAUAGAUAUUAUAGACACAACAGACAGAAACUGAAGUUUAUUUGUGAUGAGUUUACUGGCUCUGCUUGUUAAAUGACACCUCGCAGAUUUACAGUUGUAUUUAUUUCCAUCCAGGCAGGAGCGUCAAUGAUGGAUCCAAACCACUUCCUGAUGAUCGUCCUGAGUCGAUUUGAGCUGUUCCAUAUUUUCAGCUCUGCAGACUGCAGGAAGAGAUACAGGGAGGCCAACAAGGUGGGAACUGACUCAGCUGACUCUCUGCUGAUACUCUUUCACAACUCCAUUAACCCUUCACUGUCUGUGUUUGACAGGAUGUGGUCCAGCAGAACAACACUCUGAUUGAAGAGAUGCUUCACCUCAUUAUCAUGGUCGUCUGUGAGUCCCUGUGCUGUUUCUGUUUUACGAUAAGAAAAAUUGAAAUAUUUCACCCAAAGAACAUCUGAAUGUGGUCUUGGUUAAUGGAAAGUUGUGGAACAAAUCAAAUGCUGGACAGUGAGAUUAACAGCAUACCUGGUUCGUAUGUGUGUGGUAAAGGUGAACGGUACGUGCCGGGUGUUGGCCAGGUGGAGCCCUUUGAUGAGGUCAGGAGGGAAAUCAUCCACCAGCUGUCAAUCAGACCGAUGGCUCACAGUGAGCUGGUGAAGGCUUUGCCUGAGAAUGUAAGACACCUGCCGGUCUUUUUGUGUUAUUAUCUGCCUCUGAACCUGUCAGUGUGUUUGGACAUGUCUGUGUGUGGCUGCAUAAUAGUCUGAUUGUUUCUGUCUGUCUGUGGUCCUGUAUGAGAGCCUGUCUGUGUACCUGUCUGUGUCUGUCUAUGCAUCUGUCUACAGCUGUCUUCUACCUUCUCUUUCUCUUUUCAGGGGAACAAGGAGACGGGUCUUGAGAAAGUCAUCGACUCUGUGGCUUCGUUCAAGUGAGGCAGCUCUCUUUGGCAGAUCCACCUUAAAUACAUUGUGUAUUCACUUCAGAUACCUGUCUGCCUGUUCAAGCAUCCCCCUGAACAACACCCUGUCCACCUGAAAUUUAAAUACACCAGAACUACCAGCUUAAAAAGCACAUUUGCUUUUACAACCACCAGAGCACCUGAAGUGAACUCUGACGGCCACUAUUCACACUUCAUUACAUCCAUCAGUGUUUCCCCCACACAGAUCUGACUGUGGUGGGCAGCCAAAGAAUACAUACAAGCUUAUUUGCUGCAUAUUUGAGCAUUUUAUUUUUUAACCAUAAAAUAAUCAACCAUGAUCAAUAAACUAGUAAAAGACUUUCCCUUGCUCUUUACUACUUACUCAGGUGUAGUGGGAGGAGUUUGAAACAUGCUCUACAGGUUAUCAGAGAGAGCCAGUUUAUGCCCUGUAAAUGUGCUCACUAGGUUGUGAGUAAUGUGAUGACUCUUGUGCUGUGUUUUUACUUCACCAACAGGAAGCCAGGAGUAACAGGUCGAGGUCUAUACGAACUGCGCCCUGAGUGGAAUAAAUACUUCAACCUAUACUUUCAUCACUACAGCAGAGCAGACCAGUCCAAGGUACACAAACUGAUGGGGGCGCUGAACAGGCUAUUGAUCGAGGCACUGUAGGGGUUAACUUAAAGAUAACCAAUCUCUCUCCAAUAUUAACUGUGUAAUGUGUGUUUCAGGCUGAAGAGGCUCAGAGGAAGCUGAGGAGACAGAAUGGAGAAGACACAGGUAAAUAUAAACUCAAAUCAAUCAAUCACACUAAUUUAUAUAAAAUAAAUUUAUAUAAAAUAAAUUAGUGUGAUUGAUUGAUUUGAAUGUGAACAUGUCAAUCAAAGUGAGAUUCCCAAGAACCAGGCUGAGAUCAUCUGAGCUGUUUAGUUCCAAGAAAACUCUUCUGAGUCAUUUUUUAUUUCAGAGCAAAUUUUACCGAAACUCAGUCUGCCAGUGUUGAACUGCUUGUGUAUAUUUUUGUAUUUUUGUACAUUUCUUAAAAGUCGAUAUAUCAUAAUCAAUAACAUUGAUUUUUCUGUGUGUAUGUCUGUUUGUGUGUAUCAGCCCUGCCUCCCCCUCUUCCUCCCCCGCUCUGUCCCCUGUUUGGCAGUCUGGUGAACCUGCUGCAGUGUGAUGUGUUGCUGGCUGUAGAGGGUGCUGUGCUGCAGUGGGCUGUGGAGCCCAGUGGAGGGUGCUGGACGGAGUCCAUGCUGCAGCGGGUGAGACUUGAACAGUAUCUUCCAUAUGAAGUGUUGAUGGUGGACCAUCAGCUUAGAUCCAAAGGCGUGUCCAAACUAUUCCUCAAAGGGCUGUGUGGCUGCAGGUUUUUCUUCCAAGCAAUCAAGAGCUUGCAGUCUGACCAAUCAGCUGUCUAAAGACUGAGAUCAGCUGAUGAAAUGAAUCAAGUCUGGUGUGCUGCUGCUUGGUUGGAAGAAAACCACAUGGCCCUUUGUGGAAGAGUUUGGGCAUGCCUGGCUUAGAGAUACAUGAUGUCUCUAUUCAGCUGGUUGUCGUUCAGUUGUGAGCGCUGAACUUAAAAUCAUGUUUAAGAUGAUUAAGUCUAAGGAGUCAGUCUAGAAUCUCCAAAUGGAGUCAAAGGUAUUUAGAAUCCAUUCACAGUUGCUCCAGUUGGUAGUGAUUGUGCUAUAAACAGACUGAUCUUGAAACAGGUUUUUGUCUGUCCAAACUCUGUACUUAUGAUUUAAAAUUCUUUUAUUCUCUUCAAACUGUUUGAACCCACAACACAACUGUCGGUCUGAACAAGGGUACGUUUAUAAAACUGAGGUGAUUAAACUUUGGGCGGAAAAAAAGCUGUUUUAAAGUAUUUUAUUAUCAUUUUUUUCCAAGUCACUCCAAACCAUGAAUUUCUGUAAGUAAGAUGAAUGAACUGUUGAGUCAUUGUUGAGAUCAGACUGAAGGAGGCUUUAACUCUGGUUACCGGUCUGGUCAGCAUGUUGAGUUUCACCCUGCUCUGGUCACAAUGUGUAGAUAGUUUAUGUCUGAAAAUGGUUUUUAAAAUGCCCUCUGACUUUGUACUCUGUGUAGGUGCUUCACCUGGUGGGUAUGGCUCUGCUGGAAGAACAGCAGCAGCUGGAGAACAGCAAUGGAGAUGAUGACGUCACCUUUAACUACACCUGCAAGAUCACACGUCAGUACAGACUGUUCAAUGAGUAACACAGUUGAAAGUUUACAUGACACAGAAACCCACUAAGUAGUAAAAACAAAGGAUGUAACGACAUCAAAAUCUCAUGAUAUGAUUAUAGCAUGGAAAGCAUGGAAAUUUGUUCCAGUAUUGAUGUACUCAGCGAUACAUCUUGUGAUCUAGCUCUUGCUCUCACGGUAAAGUUGGGCUGUAAAAGCCGCCUUUCCUUUCUCCUAACCUGUGGAAAAUUUCCACGAAAUCUUCUUGAGUAGCUUUUCAUAUGACUGUUAAUCUCUGACAUGUCAGUAACUGCAGUCUGGCCAUGUCAGCUUUUUGAUUUUUGUUUGUCUGUCACCAGUUGUCCUUUUUCAUUUCUUGGCAUUGGAAAACAGUGCUUCCAAAAAUCUGUCCUAAAAGCUGCAAUUUCAAAAUCAUCUCUUAGUUAGGGUGACCAUAUUCUGACUUACCAAAAAGAGGACACAACUACACAGGGACGGAGUCAGGGAGUCACACGAAGUUAAUAGUGAGAGUUUUUCAGGUCAGAUCGAGUGUCUUUUACGUGCUUCUAACUUAGUAAGUCCAUGUGACACAAAAUCGUAAUUUGCGUACAAAACCGAGGACAUUUGAAGAAUUUUAUAAACUUCCUUGGACAAAACUGGACAAACCUGGACACCCCCCAGAAAAGAGGACAUGUCCAGGGAAAAGAGGACUUAUUGUAACCCUAUCUUGGUUCCAUUCUGUGUUUGCCACUUCUGCUGAACUGCAUUUGAGGCAACAGGUGGAGCAAAGGAUGAUGAGCAUGCAUGGUAGUCUCUGUGGUUCCUCUUCCUUCCACUCAGACCCACUGCAGCUGAAACCUACCCUUUCAUAUCGUCACAGGGCAUAAUAAUAUUGAGACUCUGCCUAUGAUACAAUGAACUUGAAGACACUGUUUCAUCCCUGAAGUGAAAAUGGUUCAUAUUUACAGUGCAUCCGGAAAGUAUUCAUACCACUUCACUUUUCCACAUUUUGUUAUGUUACGUUAUGGAUUCAAUUCCUUUUUUCCCUCAAAAAUUCUACACAAAAUAAAUUAAAAUUUAUUAAAAAUAAGACACUCAAAUGUUGCAUAUACAUAGGUAUUCACACCCUUUGCUAUAAAACUCAAAAUUGAGCUCAGGUGCAUCCUGUUUCCACUGAUCAGCCUUGAAAUGUUCCUCCAACUUGAUUGCAGUCCACCUGUGGCAAAUUCAGCUGAUUGGACAUGAUUUGGAUAGCCACACCUGUCUAUAUAAGAUCCCACAGCUGACAGAGCACGUCGUAGCACAAACCAAGCCAUGAAGUCCAAAGAAUUGUCUGUAGACCUCCGAAACAGGGUUGUAUCGGCGCACAGAUCUGGGGAAGGUUACAGAAAAAUAUAUGCUGCAUUGAAGAUCCCAAAAAGCACAGUGGUCUCCGUCAUUAAGAAAUGGAAGACGUUUGGAACCACCAGGACUCUUCCUAGAGCUGGCUGCCCAGCCAAAAUGAGCAAGCGAGGGAGAAGGGCCUUGGUCAGGGAGGUGACCAAGAACCCGAUGGUCACUCUGACAGAGCUCCAGCGUUCUUCUGAGGAGAUGGGAGAACCCUACAGAAGGACCACCAUCUCUGCAGCACUCCACCAGUCAGGCAUUUAUGGUAGAGUGGCCAGACAGAAGCCACUCCUCAGUAAAAAGCACAUGACAGCCCGCUUGCUAGAAGGCACCUGAAGGACUCACAGACAAGGAGAAACAAAAUUCUCUGGUCUGAUGAAAAGAAGAUCAAACUCUUUGGCCUGAAUGCCAAGCGUCAUGUCUGGAGGAAACAUGGCACCACCUCGCCAAUACCAUCCCUACAGUGAAGCAUGGUGGUGGCAGCAUCAUACUGCAGGGAUGUUUUUCAGCGGCAGGAACUGGGAGACUUGUUAGGAUCAAGGGAAAAAUGAAUGCAGCUAAGUACAUCGAAAUCCUUGAUGAAAACCUGCUCCAGAGCGCUCGAGACCUCCUACUGGGGCGACGCUUCCAGCAUGACAGUGACCCUAAGCACACGGCCAAGAAGACAAAGGAGUGGCUUCAGGACAAGUCUCUGAAUGUCCCUGAGUGGCCCAGCCAGAGCCCAGACUUGAGCCAGAUUGAACAUCUUUGGAGAGACCUAAAAGUAGCUGUGCACCGACGCUGCCCAUCCAACCUCAUUGAGCUUGAGAGGAGGUGCAAGAAAGGCUGGGGAAAAACUCCCGAAAUCCAGGUGUGCCAAGCUUGUUGCAUCAUACACAAGAAGAUUGGAGGCUGUAAUCGCUGCCAAAGGUGCUUCGACCAAGUAUUGAGUAAAGGGUGUGAAUACUUAUGUAAAUGCAACAUUUGAGUGUUCUUAUUUUUAAUUAAUUUGCAAAAUGUUCUAAAAAAAAGUUUUUUUGCUUUGUCAUUAUGGGGUAUUUUGUGUAGAAUUUUUGAGGGAAAAAAAGGAAUUUAAUCCAUUUUGGAAUAAGGCUGUAACAUAACAAAAUGUGGAAAAAGUGAAAUGGCAUGAAUACUUUCCGGAUGCACUGUAUAUCAGUGUGUAAAUGUUUGUGAGGCCUGUUUGGUGGAGUGUAACAAAGUAAACUGAAGAGACAUUUUUAUGAUGUGUUUUAAGGCUUCUUUGUUUCUCUUGUUUUAUAUAAAUAAAAAACUGCAGUACCUUUAUUGCAGUAUUUUUUAAGGAAACUUCGUAAGAAGAAGGAACACUCAAGAACACGGUUCUACAAAAACCCUUUUAAGUUCGUCAAAGACCUCUUUGCUAAGGACAAGAGUGGAAUCCUGAAAACACCAAAGAAGGAAUUGGAAGAACAUCUGGAGAAGGCCCAUCAGGACACGAAAAGGCAUGAGCAGAUAAUCAUCCCCCAUGACAUCCCACCUAUUCAUCCUCCAGAGUUCAAACUGGACACUGAACCUCCAAAGUGGAAGAAAGUUGAGAAUGUAGUCCGGCGAGCUAGAGCGGCAUCAGCUGCGGGGCCUAAUGGAGUACCGUACAAGCUCUACAAGAACACACCGGACGUUCUACGCUUUCUUUGGAGACUCAUGAGGAUAGUGUGGCAGAAGGAAAUAAUACCCAAGGCAUGGCGAAGGGCUGGCGGUGUGUUGAUUCCAAAAGAAAAGGAUGCCACUGACAUCAGUCAGUUCCGACCAAUCAGUCUUCUCAACGUCGAGGGGAAAAUCUUUUUCAGCAUAAUGGCACAGAGGCUGUCAACGUACCUGGAAAGGAACAAGUACAUUGAUACAUCUGUACAGAAAGCAGGCAUUCCUGGAUUCUCUGGUUGCCUAGAGCAUACCAGUAUGAUUUGGCACCAGAUCCAAGCAGCUAAGAAGGACAAAAGAGACCUCUAUGUCAUCUUCCUUGAUCUGGCCAAUGCCUUUGGUUCAGUUCCCCAUGAACUGCUCUGGGAAUCUUUCAACUUUUUCCAUGUACCAGAACCCAUCACUAAGCUGGUAAAGGCCUACUUCCAAGACCUUCAACUGUGUUUCACAACACCUGACUUCACUACAACAUGGCAACGCCUGGAAAUAGGCAUAAUGGCAGGCUGUACAAUCUCACCUCUGGCCUUCACUAUGGCCAUGGAAGUCAUCAUCAGGGCCUCGAAAUGGGUGGUGGGCGGUGAGCGAACUAAGAACGGGCUCCGUCUGCCACCGAUCCAAGCGUACAUGGAUGACAUGACUACGCUGACCACAACUCCAGCUUGCACCAAGCGGUUGCUGGCGAAACUGGAGGAGAACAUCAAGUGGGCACGAAUGAAAAUCAAGCCAAGCAAAUCUCGAAGUGUUGCCAUAGUCAAGGGGCAGCUGAAAGAUGUGAAGUUCUGCAUUGGCGAUGACCCGAUACCAACGGUGUCUGAGCAACCUGUGAAAAGCCUGGGUAGAUGGUACAGUGCAAGCCUCAAGGAUACAGAUCAGGUGCAGCAGUUACGGCAGGACAUUGUCAACGGUCUGGAGAGGAUCGACAAGACCCUACUGCCUGGGAAGCUCAAGCUUUGGUGUCUCCAGUUUGGACUUCUCCCCAGGGUAAUGUGGCCACUCACCAUGUAUGAGGUCCCAAUAACAUCGGUGGAGAAGAUGGAGCGUACCAUUACAACAUGCGCAAAGAAAUGGCUCGGUGUCCCACGAUGUCUAAGCAACAUCAGCCUCUACGGCAAAGGGGUCCUUGAACUACCUCUCACAAGUUUAACAGAGGAGUACAAGUGCUCUAAAGUUAGGCUUCAGAUGACAUUGCAGGAUUCCAGAGACCAUACCAUCAGCAGUGCUGCACCUCCUGUACUAACUGGACGGAAAUGGACACCAUCCAAUGCGGUGCAGCAAGCAACAUCUGCCCUUAGACACCAAGACAUCCUGGGGCAUAUCCAGUAUGGAAGAGGAGGUUUUGGCCUGGCAGCGAGCAAACCGUCUUGGCGCAAGGCAACAACAUCUGAGCGUAGAAAACUGGUGGUUGAAGAGGUGCGCAGGCAGGAGGAGACUGCGAGAGGUACAAAGGCUGUCUCUCUUGCUAAACAGGGGCAAUGGAUGCGGUGGGAAGGCCUGGAGAGGAGAAAAAUCAACUGGAGUGAGCUAUGGCAAAUGGACGCAAGCAACAUCAGUUUCAUCAUAAGAGCCGUAUAUGAUGUGCUUCCAUCACCGAAGAACCUACAUCAGUGGUAUGGCGAGGAUCCAACCUGCCCUCUUUGCCCAGCUCCAGCGACUCUCAGGCAUAUCUUGACAAGUUGCAAGACCAGCCUCACACAAGGCCGCUACACUUGGAGGCACAAUCAAGUCCUCAAGAGCCUGGCUGCAGCAAUCGAGAUCAAGAGGAAUGCAACCAACUCCUUACCCCCAAGACCAAGCAACCCCAUGAAAUCAACAACAUUCAUCCGGGAGGGACAGGAAAAGCCCAAGCAUACUGCUACGAAGCCAGAAACUGGACACCUAGCCAUGGCCCGGGACUGGAAAAUUCUUGUUGAUGUCGGCCAGCAACUAAUUUUUCCUUCUGAGAUCACGACCACCAACCUUAGGCCAGACAUGGUACUCUGGUCUCCUUCACGAAGAUCUGUAUUCAUCAUAGAACUCACAGUCCCGUGGGAGAACUCUGUUGAGGAGGCCUAUGAGCGAAAAAAGCUGCGAUACACAGAGCUAGCAGCAGACGCAAUUCAACAUGGCUGGAAUGCAAAAGUCUGUCCGGUUGAAGUCGGAUGUAGAGGAUUCGUGGCCUCUUCCACCAUCAGGCUGCUGAAGGAACUUGGAAUCCAGGGACAGGCUCUGCGGCAGACCAUCAGAUCAGUCUCUGAAGCAGCUGAAAGGGGCAGCCAGUGGCUAUGGACUAAACGGAAGGACCCUUGCUGGGCCCUAAGAACAUGACCCCCCCCCCCGACCUGAGAGCCCGAAUCCCAACCCUCCAACCUGAGGAGGGCCCAUGAGGUAUGCGGUCAGCUGUAGGCGUGGCUCAGGGAAGAGGACGCCCCUGCCUUGCAUAGUCCCUUGGGAUAUUAGCCAUUUUACAGCUAGGCUAAUCCUAAUGAUUGGGCAUGGGACACAAGCUAAGGCUUGAUCACCCUGUAGCUGGCCGCCUUUGAUGAGGGUGUAUAGUGUUUAAAGGCCGAAACACCCCCUGAUUCAAAGGAACACUACUGAGGAUGUGUCCUGAAAUUUUACAUCUAACCCCACUCUUAGGAACAUAUCUCUCCCAUGCCACUCUUAACAUCACGGCAAAUCUCAUAUGAGUGCACACCAUCUAUUGGCACAAUGGACAGUCACAUCACGUCCCGUGUUUUAUGAAUCUACCUUGUAACAGUUGAAUUGUUUUGUUUGUGUUUGUGUGUUCAGGUCCAGGUGAAGCUCCUAGUACUUCUGGAAGUGUUCUUGCCUUGUUGGAGAGUCUACAAAACGCUCCUCACCUGGAGGUUCACAAAGAUAUGAUCACCUGGAUCCUUAAGGUAAUUACUGCAGUUAGCAUGAUGAUAUAACUUAUUGAUUCAUUACUUUUCUGUCUUUGGUGGUUUGAUUCAAACUAGUCAUGUUUCCCCACAAGAAUAACUUAUCCAUACAUUCACAUUAUCCAUGGUUAUUUCGAUAUUCUCUUAUUGAUAAUGCCGCUGUGAACGUAAAACAUCAAAAAUUCUGUUGUAUUGUUAGUGAAAAUGAACACUGCUAGCCUAACUGAUGAAGCAUCAGUGUGAUGAGGACAGAUGUGUUCAGGUGUCCCACAAAGUUCUAUAUAAGAGCUGGAUUUUUGCUGAGUCACAUGAAGAAGUUUGAGAUGGGAGUCCUCUGGAUGUUUCAUCUGCUGAUGUAGAGUGUAUUUGUGUUUGCAGAUGGUGGCAAAUAUCAAAACUAUGAGAGAACGGACAUCAUCCACCUCCACCGUCACCGUCAGCCAGGGCCAAGGCCUGGAGGAGGUGCGACACACAAACUCUUUACACACCAUUAAAACUGAAUCACAAUGAAAUUAACAAAUCUUUCAGAAAGUUGUUAGGACAGCGUUGUCCACUUUUCCCUUAAUAAACUCUAUAGUAGAGUUUGGGCAGUCUCUUGUCUUUCUCCCUAAAGACCCUGGAGAUUUGUUUAGUGUAAAGAAACCUUCAAAUGAAACUAAACUGCGAAUAAGCAAGGGAUCAUGAAUAGGAAGCAGGUGACUGGGUGAGACAACCGAACUGCCUUAAUUCAUUGUCAGUGAUUUUUAACUUUUCCCUUUUUUUAGUCUCAAUUUACCAGAGUCAUGCUAGACCCUGUAGCCAAUAAAACUUACUUUAAUCUGAUUGAUUAUUGAUUUUCCUGGUAUAAAUGUGUCUGGGCCUUUCCCCCCGCAGACGGUUCGAGACAAAGACAAGGCUGAGAGGAAGAGGAAGGCAGAGAUGGCUCGGCUGAGGAGGGAGAAAAUCAUGGCUCAGAUGUCUGAAAUGCAAAAGCACUUCAUCAACGAGAACAAAGAACUUUUCCAGCAGAGUCUGGAGGAGCUGGAGGCAUCAACUUCUGCUGCUGCUGCUGAGAACAGGUACAUGUGAGAGUUUGAUCAAGUUUAAUCAGUGCUCUCCCUGCUCACAAGCCUUCAAUAUUACAUCUGCACUUGGAGUCCUUUCAAUCCAAGUUUUAAGUUUAAUUAAUGGAGGUAACCCAUUCUAAGACUACUGGAGGUCAGUGUUAUAGUGACCAAAUUGAUUAGCUAAAAUGACUGGUCUGAAAUUUUACCAUCAACCACUGCAGAAUUUUUUUUUUCUCAGUGAGAAACUGCAGCACAGCGUCAGGGUCAAAUGACAGUCAGUGAAGAAGUUUGGCAGAGCACACCCAGGUGUUGAUAUGCUGCUGAUCCAGGUUCAGUACUUCAGUUGUAACAGGGGGAAGCAGGCAGGUUGAAGUGAGGAAAAAAAUCAUGCAUGGUCUGUUCAAAACCUAGUUGUCACAAAAAAAACAAAAAAAACAAUUGAACAUAAACUUCUCCUUUUUGAUCCAACCCCCCCCCCCCCCCCCCCCAAUUUAAUUCACAUACUGGAGAAAUGUUUUAACUUACCAACCUUUAAAGGGUAAAAUGAUCAAAAAAGGAAACACAAACAUCUAAAUAAACACUGUUGCAGGGUAAGAGGAAUGAGCGCCUUCCUCUCAACCCAAGUACCAACAUUUUACCAAAAAAUAAAAUAGUAUUAACUACAAUAGACUUUAAAUGGAGACUUUAUUCCCUGACAACUUUCUUUACCCAACCCUCCAAUCACAGAAAAUAACCAUGUUCCCUCUCUUCUCCCCUCCCACACAGCCCUCCCAGUUUGGAGCUGUCAUGUCUCUCCCAGGUAUCUGUUGGUCCCAGGAGAGUGUGCGGAGCAGAGCGACGCCAGCUAGUCACUUGCAUAUUAUGUCAAGAGGAACAGGAGGUCAAAGGGCAUGGUAAAGCUAUGGUUCUGGCAGCAUUUGUCCAGAGGUCCACAGUUUUAUCCAAAAACCGUCACCGCAGCUUGCCUGACCCAGGUGGGUGAAGCUUUCCUCUACAUCGACAGAACAGCAGCCAUUUAAAAUGAAUAAUUAUUGAUUGACAGAUAUACACGUGUUUUGCAGAGAGUCAUGAUCCUGUGUUCAUGCACCCUGACCUGUCUCUGGGGAUUCACACAGCCAGCUGUGGACACAUCAUGCAUGCUACCUGCUGGCAGAGGUGAGGCACUGCGGCUGCAAACAUUACAGGAGUGUACAUGACCCGUGGCCAUUUAUACAAAUAGUCAGAAUAUUUGUAAUGAUGAACUUCGGCUGCAGUAGUUGAUAAUUUUUAUAAUUAAAUAUUCUAAUAAGAUCACUUAAUUAAUGGACAAAAUAAUCUAUAGAACUGUUGACUGCUCAGCAACAAUUGUCAUUAAAUGUGUUUUUGUGUCGACUGCUACAACAAUGCUAUUUUCCCUGCUGUGGAAAUCGUCAAGGAUUAUCUUGUCUCUUUACCAAGUCUAAACAUACUCCAACAUUAUGUCUGCACAUUUGAUUAUGACAUAUUAUUAUACCAAAACUAAGCACAGGAAUAUCAUACCUUUACAGGAUGGUCAAAUUUCCUCAAUGAAAGAAGUAAGAAAACACUUGUUGGUUUAUUUUAAAAGAAGGGGCGGGAACCCCAAACUUGAAUGUCUGUCCCAGAGAGAUAAUAAAAAGUGAGUCCUCCACUGGUGGGAAGGGGGUUAACAACAGUCAGUAGGAGUGUAAUAAGUGUGACUGAAUUAAGAGCUGGUUUAUUACAGUAACAGCACAGCACUGAUCAGCAUUUCAGUCUGUAGAAAUUUAAACCACACUGAGUGAUCUAUUCUUAAUGCAGCAACAAAAAAACAAACGGCAACACAACUUGACAGCUAAAUACCAAGACAUCACUGGUAGUCUCAGUAUCUACGUUCACAGGGGUACAGUACAAUCCAAAACAAUAUCAUAUAAUACCAGAACUUUAUUUAUCCCCAAAGGGAAAGUCAUUUGUCUGGAAUCUCAUGAAAUCUCAUCUUCUCUGGUAGGACAGUUCACAAACUAUGUAAAUCCAGUCAAGGGACAGGAGAGGGUGACAUGGUUGAAGUCUCCUGAUAUUAUUUGUAUUAGUGCCUCAGGAUGUUGAGUCUGUAUCCUAGCAACAGUAUCAUGGAGAAUACAUGUAUGCAAGUAUUGUUAUGACAUGACUAAACUCCCUUGGAACAUAAUAUGGCCAAAGAGCAACUGCCAACAGUUCAACAUCUUGACAAUACAAAUUCUCCUUGACAGUUAUGUGUAAAGGGUUACACCAUCUCUGGUUGAAAAAUAAAGUCAGACUUCCUCCUUUCUUCUUGCCACUAGCUUGAGCAUCUCUGUCUGACCUUAUGAGAGUGAAGCCAGGUAGAUCCACACCGGAGUCUGAGUUGUUUUGAUUCAUUAGGGUUCAGUAAAACACAGGAGACCGCAUUGACAGUAUGCUUUCUCAGUCUUCACCAAUAUCCCCAACUCAUCGCUUUUGUUGGGCAGAGAGUUGACGUUUUCCAUGAUGACUGAUGGAAGGAAGGGUUCGUAUCUCCACCUUCUAGCAUUUAACCUCGCCUUCACCUUUGCACCAGCACAGCAACCACGAAAAGCCUCUCUAUGUCCUCUGGGAUUGAAUGUUGUUGUUGUCCAGAUUUGUUCUGUAUUCAUUAAAGAAGCUCGUCUCUUGAGUAAACUCUUCUCCCACCAGAAAAAUCCACCAGAAGCCAACAAAAAUAUGAAAAUUCAGAGAGACCACAAUUGUCUGCUCUUCGGUUGAGCACAGGUUCUGGAAUCUGAUCUCUCUUUCUUUCUCCCUCUGAGUUCAGACACGCUGCCUUAAAGUGCAUGAUCACAUUAAUUGAAUUCAAAGAUGUCACUAAAUCAAAUCUGUUUGGUUGGUGUUUUAUUUUUGUAUGCUGACUGAUGUAAGUAAGACAUUUAAGGCUGCUCAGAGUUCAUGUCUGAUAGUUGUUCUGGCCAGAAUUUCAUGCACAUCCCUGAAAACAGUAAGCUGUAAAGUUGUACAGCCUUAACAAAGGCUCAAGGUUAAUUUGCCUCAAUAAUCCAAAAUAUAUAACAAAGCAAUCACACCGUAGACAAGAAUUCUGUGGUUGUUUGUUUUUAGCGCGUGCUUCAUUUGACAUAUCCUGUCCUAUGUCCAGGUACUUUGAGGCAGUGCAGUUAAAGGAGCAGAGACGUCAGCAGCGUCUUAGAGGUCACACCAGCUAUGACGUGGAGAACGGAGAGUUUCUGUGUCCACUGUGCGAGUGUCUGAGCAACACUGUGAUUCCACUAUUGCCACACUCACACUCACCUCACCCCAGGUACACACGCACACAGACUUCUGAUCACAGAUUUACAUGUGGGUCAAAGCAAAACUGAAUCUCUUUUCUCUGUCUUCUCAGUCUUGAUCAUCCUGGUCUGGAGUCAUGGCUUAAAACAACCAGUCAGCAGAUAGCAGCACUUCACUCUGCUCACAGGAAGCAGGCCGGUGGUCAGUCACAUAAUCUGCUUUGAUUUACUUGUUUUUCUUGUAGAGACAGAAAGAAAAACUUAACAUUUGUGUACAUAGUCUUCCUCGUUGUGUGUAAGUGUAGCAGCGGGUGUCCAGAUCAAACUAGAACAAAGUAGAGAGGACCAACUAUACAAACAUCAAACUUCUGUGUUUCAGAUGUCACAGAGGGGGCGGAGGCUGCUGCACCUGAAGGAUUCAGAGUCGACUUCACUCCACAGUGAGUCCUCACUUUUGGUAUUUCAUCUGAUCAGUAAGCGGGUUCGAAGUUUAAGCUCCUGUCCCUGAGACCUCAGACUCUUUCUCUUUGAUGACGCCUCUGCUGAUGAGUAAUAGAACAGACUUUGGGCAGGACAGGCAGGUUUUGUGGGUGAAUUUUUGAGAGGUAGAAUUUUGUCAGUCUCUCAAAGAAUCAGUCUGUGACCUAACACUAUGUGGACUAAGUAAAGGGAUGUGAAUACUUCAUUGAUGCACUGUAUGUACUAAAUUACAAAUCUGAAAAAUAGGUUACCUUUAAGCACAUUGUGACAUAGCUCUAGCUUUGAGUCCACAGAAACAGCUUUAUUAAGUAAAAGUAUACCCAAUAUCAGGCAAACAGUUCUUUCACAGACUAUUCAGUUCUUUUACACUAAGUGUAGAGUACAGCACACUUAUGACAACACACCUGGAUAAUGCCAGCAUUGAUGUAAGUCUCUCCCUCAGGAACCCAUUCUCCACCAGCAUCAACGAGAUGAUCACCACCUUCAGCAUGUCCACCUACAAGGUGGGGCUGAAAGUGAACCCUAAUGAGCAGGACCAGAGAGUCCCAGUGUUGAUUUGGUCUACCUGCGCCUACACCAUCCAGAGUAUAGGUACACACACACACACACAAAUACAGUGUAAAUAUAUUGAUGAGUGCACAUCAUCAAUAUAUCAAUAUAUUGUAAGCACACCUGAGAGGUCAGGCCAUGUUGACUGUUAUGAUUUCACUACAGAGCGGCUGCUGAUGGAUGAGGAGAAGCCAUUGUUUGGAAGUUUACCUUGCCGACAGGUAAAUGUUUUUCCAUGCAGGUCAGGUAAAGAGAGACAGUCCUUUUGAUCACAAACUGUAAAGAUGUCUGAUCAGGAACAGCACAGCUGGUUCAAGAUGUUUGAUCAGACCAUCAAAGAGGGUUCAUUUUCAUCCUCAGUAGUGAUACUUUUCAUUUUUCCAUAAACAGAAAAUAAACAGGAGAGUCUGAAUGAGGAGAAACUUCUUUUGACCUGUGAACCUAAUUGUCUGUGUGUUUCAGGACGACUGUCUGAGCUCUCUCGCCAGAUUCAGUGCAGCCUGUUGGACUGCAGCUCCACUCUCAAUAAUUCACAAACACUUCACCAGACUCUUCUCAGGUACAGACACACACAACAAACAUGUAUACAUAUUCCCACAUUCGACACACACACACACACACACACACACACACACACACACAGCUCAUGCAUUGCUGCAUUCAAACGAGAGUAACUUGGAUCAACAGUUAUGAAUUUGUAGGGAUGUAACGAUUCAUUUUAACAACAAAUCGAUUCAUAUCAUGAAUUGUGGUUGCCGAUUCGAUUUAAGGACGGUAUUGGUUCAUUUAGAGCAAUACGAACUGAAACGAUUCAGUGACAUGAAAUUAAUUCAGUAAAAUUCAACCAGUGUGACUGUGAAAUAAAUACCUGGGUACUGGACAGUGUAGGUGAAAUUUCCUAGGUUCAUGUUGUUUCUUGUAAGGGAAUCAGAUAUAAAUUAACUAUGGUUAUAAACAAAGAGGUAAACAGAAAAAUAACACCGUAUCAAGAAUAAAGUGAAACCAACAUCUCUUCAGGUUGAAUGAACGGUCGGUUUUCCUGCUACUUCUGCUGUUGAUUUUCAGCAUAGAAAUAAUACAAACACAAUAUACACUGGACCACAAUGGUGGCUUGAUAGUAUCUCGCUCGCCGACUUCUCCGCUACCAUCAGCCAUGCUAUGUUUUGCUGUCUUUUGGUGUGUGGUGAUCACGUCACACACUGGUAAACUGAAUUGAGUAACACUUAACGUUUUUAUUAUUAUUAUUAUAUUAUUAUUAUUUAUAUAAAAGUAAAAAAAAAAAAAAAACACAUCCAUGUACAGUCUGCCGUGCUUAAAUAUUUUGGGUUAUUUUCUAGUGUCGAUACAAUCGAGUGAUUAGAUUUUAAAAUGAUGUUAGAUCGAUACAUGUCAUCCAGAAGGCCAAAUUGCCGAGCACAGAUCGAUGAAGUUGGAUCAUAGGAAUAUAAAUCAAUACAUUGAUGUUGUAGAUGAAUCGUUACACCCCUAUGAAUUUGUGUUGAAAAUGGUGUGUUGUGUGUUUUAGCCCUGGUUCCAGACCCUCAGGUGGAAAACACUCCCUGUAUCCUCGACAUCGACAUGUUUCACCUUCUGGUGAGUUUCUCUUUAUAUUCAGUUUUAAUCACUACAAGUCUGCUCUCGUUUAUCAAAUCUAUCAGUCAACUCAGAAAUGUCUUUGUUUUUGUUUUUAUUUAUUUAUUUUUUUUUGGACAUUUUUUUUUUAACAUUUCAUCCAUUUUAUCUCCAGUGUAAAUAAAACUUUUAACUAUGGUCAUUUCUACUUUAAAUUUAUAUCCCAUCUAAAUAACUCAGUGUACAAUAUCCAAAUCCAGUGAAAUUAUGUGAAUCUGGUCAAUGUUAACAUAGAGCUAUAAUCAUCAGUGUGAUUUUUAACCCUAACUUUAGAGUAAAUCCAACAUGAAUUCUGUGAACUUUUACUCAAGAUACUUUGACAGCUUCGAGCUGUUUACUUGUGACUCAUUCAGCCAGGCCACAUCUCCGAUGGCAAGUAUAACAGCCUCAGUGACAGAGCAUGACAAACACAUAGAUACAUUAGUAUUUUAUCUGCUGGUCUCCUGUAGAAAUUGUCUGUGUUGUUUCAUCAUUAAGUAUGAAAAACAGCCGUUGAAUCACACUAUCAUAAACACCAGUGGACAGUUGAAUCUGCUGGAACAGGACCAUAUCUCUUUCUGCCUCCAUUUUACUUACUUAUGAAUACAUCCAAAAGAAUAUGUACAUUUUUUUUUUUAAUACUGCUUUCAUGAGAUAUAUUGGUGAAAUUUUAAAUUAACAGCCCGACUGUCUGACAAGCAUGAACAGAUGUGUCCCACAACUCCUCUAAAUGUCGGCCAGUGUGAUCCAGGCAACAGACACUGUGCAACUAUAACAGAUCCGUUUUACUGUCUGUUUAGUUCAGUUUGAGUGUAGUUAGAUGUCAGUAUCAAUCCAGAUUGAAUCCAUAUUGAAUUCACUGAGGUGUUUUACUCUUACUCUGUUUUACUCUCGCAGGUGUACAGUGUCUUAUCAUACAGCUCAGUCAGCAAGUUAGACCAAACAGGACAAACUGGGGUGGACUCUGCUCAUCUCCACCUCCUUCACCUGGUAACUGUAGCUCACCUGGUUCAAAUCCUGCUCACCUCCACAACAGGUAAGUCACACAUUCAUACCAACAACACGACAGAGCAGACAUACAGUACACAAAAAACACUGUUGACAUGAAGUAAUACAGUAAUUGGUGUUGCUGUUUCCGUCUGUAGAGGAUGUGUGUAUGGAGCAGGACAAUACUGGAUCAGAGGAGGAGCAGCUCACAUGUAAACUCUACAGCACGAUCAGGCAACAUCUGGGCAGGUGAGCACACUCACAAAUACACCCACACACAAACGUGAGUCACUUUCCACCAGUAAAAUUACUAGCUGUUAUUCUAAAAUGUUGAAAUGAAAACAGAUGGAAAGACCUGAUGAGACAGAUAUUGAUGCAUUUGCAGCUGGAAUAAAAAUCUGAGGUGUGAUGUACAGUUCGAGCAGAGCUGAAAGACUGUAAUGAUCUGGAUCAAUCAGCUGGUAAUGAUCAGUGACUGAUCAUCAAAAGCUACUCUUAAAAAUGACUAAAAUGAAAAACAAAUUAUUCAAAGCUAACUUAUUUGAUAAAAUGUAGAUAACAUUCACCAUAAAUCCUAAAAUAAAGACAGUUAUUCAAUCUGGAGUCAGGUCAUGUAUUAUGACCAGGAUCAGGGCUUUUACAAGUGAAGAAAGGUCAUGAUUCAGGGUCCAGGCUGCCAAUUACUUGUCACAGCACUUACAUAUUUCCAUAAUGGAGAGCAAGUUGAGUAAACAAUGAUCAGACACCAGCCACAAAUUCUGUACUGACUUCGGAUUGGAAGUGAGCUUCCUUACAGUUUGCCCUUUUUUGUGUUCUGUUGUGUCUGAAAUGGGCUGUCAGCCUUUCCUCACUCUGAAUCCUCAUCCUGACUGUAAUAAACUCUGUUCACAGACCAGGAGGAGAUAAGGUGGAUGAAGAGGGAAAGUCCUACCAUUUAUUGUGGUGUAGUUUUGUUACAGAUGUAACAGAUUUCUCAGUUUAUAACCAGCUCAACUCCCUAGAGCAUUUGUCAGGGUUAUGUUCAUGUCAAAGAAAUAUAGAUAGACUUUAUGUAUAUAGUAAUUGUUGUCUAGAUCAUUGAACAGUUUGGGUGUGACAAGAUAGAUAAAUACUUCAGGAUAGUAAUUCAGCUUAUGUAAAAAUUCACUCUCGCUGUGCGUGGCUGUUAGGUGCAGUGAGUGAGGUAAAAUCAGUGGUUAAUCUAAGUAUGUAAAUAACACCUAACCAAAAGGACUAUUUGCUCGGCAGAGCAGAUUGUGGAGCAUUUAAGCUUAUGUGCAUGCUUUGUGAGAGAGAUUAUGCCUGUCUGGCUUGUUUGCAUAGGUUUAGUGCUUACUUUGUACUGAAUUAUGAAUAAUUCUGCUUCUCAGAGUGAGAAAUCCUGCCUCUGUGACAUGUAACAGUCUGGGACCUUUUGCGAUUAAAAGCAAACUGUCGCCCCAGUUUUUAAGGUCAGAUUUAUGGUGUUAAGUUACCGAUGUCGUACCACUUCUUCUCUGUGCUUAUACUUAAUAUCAGUCUAAAUAACACACCUUGUGCGCAUAUUUUGUGUCAUUAACGUUGUUUGUUGUUAAUGUGAGUAUCUCUGUUUGUCCAUCAGUGUCUUACCUGAAGUCACCUCCGGGUGGCAGCUGUUUCAUUGUGUUAAAGUCGGCAUUCUGCCAUUCCUCCGAGCUGCUGCCCUGUUCUUCCACUACCUGAACUCUACAGUGCCACCUGCUGAUCUGCUAGGUAACUUCACACAAUGAUUCACACGCACGCAAGCACACACACACACACACACACACACGCACACGCACAACCAGCCACGCAUACUAAAAUAUGCCUGCAUACCUAAAUAAGACACUCAAAACACAAACAGUCAGACAAAUGAUCUCCUUCAGAUCUCUUUCAGGGCAACAAGAAGAACAUCUAAUGUUCUCUGAAGGAAAGGAACAUAUGGAAGUGCUGGUCUGAGAACAGCAACAGAUUAUUAUACACUGGUUUUACACUUUAUAUUUGUGUGUGUGCGUGUGCGUGUGCGUGUGUGUGUGUGUGUGUUUGUUUCAGUUGCAGGUCCUGGUCAGUGGGAGGCACUGUGCAGCUACCUCAGUCUGCCCUCCAACUUGCUGCAGCUCUAUCAGAGCCAUCACACACUGCUGGAACCACUCAUACACAGGUAACAUACACACCUAACACGCUUAGACACACUAAGACACGCACACAUAGUAAAGCUGGUAUGUGCGUAGUGCCACAAUCCUUUAGAGCAGCUUUAGUAUUUCAGGGCAUGGUCCAGCACAGAGCUCCUACAUCUCCCAUGAUUCAGUUGGGUUGAGAUCAGUUGACUGAAGGAUUUGUUUUAAAAUAGGUGCAUCUGCAUGUGGUCACAGUUAAUAAAUAGAUAAUACAAAUGAAUAAAAAAGGUUUAUUGUUAGUAAUCUGAAUUAAAAACUUUUUAGAAGAGAGAGUUCCUGUGGCAGCUCUUCAAAUUUUGGGGUCUGAUUGUGGGGUUUUGGAGAUUUUCUGGUCUCACAUCGUCAUUAUCUCCUCUUAUGGAGUUAACACAAUCCAAUUCAGAUCUUUCGUUUUCAUAAGUAAGUUACUGUAACUCAAACAUACAGGGUCUGAACUGCCAUUAUACAUUUCAUCUAAGGUGGGAUUCCUUUGUGAAAAGGUCAAUUUCUCCACAGCACGAGCUACUGUUGGGAGACAAGAAGCUUUGUGUGAAGGCCUCAGAAGAUAGCACAGAAUUGAUUGUCUGCUCUAACUUGAUGUGAGAGAUAUUUUUACUGUUCUUUGUCUGAUGAAGACACCACAGCAGCAAAAAACUCUUCUGCUGUACAUCACUCAAACAUGCACGAAGGUGCGAGGACUUGUUCAGGGCUUCUUGCAGCUUCAUGAAAACAUUGUAAGCUUCUAGGCAAAAUCCUUUAUCUCUAACCUUAACAGGCACUCCUGUAAUGAUGGUUUCACAUCACACUGGUAAUAAACGUGUACUUUUACUCACUCCCCUGCUUGUUUGAGAUGCUCUCUGGGAGCAGAAACUCUCCCAAGGAAUGAAGGACUUUUGAAGAAUCUGUGUACAAUUCAACCACAGGAACUAGGGUCUACAUUUAGUUCUGAGAUGAAAGGUCUUCUCCAUGAAAAGCCCCUCCCUAGGGGUAGUACUUUCUAAUGGUCCAGGUGUUUAUUGAGGCCAGGUCUGGUAGGUAGAGGGUAGAGGCACCAAAGGGUCGCAGUACAAGAGCUACUAUUUCCAAUAAUCUGAUCAUAUGAUUUCACAUGAAAAUACAACUAACAUGCUGGCAAUGUUAUGUGUGACAGCCUUUUUGUUCCUAAUUGAAGAGCUGUGCAAAUAACUUAAUGUCCAAAUACCAUCCUUUGAUGUCAUUGGCCUGAUUUGUCUGAUUUACUCAGAACUUCAGGCCCUGGUGGAAAUGCAGAAAACAGUAGACUACAGGAACCAUUUAGUUCCUGAAAGGAAGUCCCUGGAACUUAAAGCUCAGGUUGUUUUGGGUCAAAAAGCACCUUUAAUCUACAGUUAAAUGUUUAUUAUUUUAGUCAGUAGCAGAAUUAUUAGUCUGUUUAACAAGUUAUUGAUCAUUUUUAGUCCUAGACUUGAAAUAUUGUUAUGAUACCUGUUCCUUGGAUGUGAACAACCACAGGUUCUGGUAGGAUUUUAAUGUAUACCAAACAGAUCAACAUGUUUCUUGCAGAGUCAUCUCUGGAUGUUAAUCUGCCAGGAGGACUGAAAGUUGGUGGCUCUGACUCUGUUCAUGUUAUUAGCUACACUUCAUUAUGUGAUUCCCUGUUGGUACAUAGUAGAUAAAUUGUGCUCUGUUUGUCUGUGAAGCUCAUCUUCUAACAAACAAAACAAGCAGUGCAUCUGCUCAGUAAGGCAGCGGCAGCAGAGAUUCACUAUCGGAGGGUUUAAUGAAGCACAUUCCACACUCUGGUAUUUGGGUGGCAGACCUCAAAUGUUAGUUCUGCUCUGCGUUUAGGUAGUUUUUUUUUUUUUGAUAACAGCCCAGCUUACAAACAGUCCAUGCCAAUUUGGAUUCAUUUGCUGCCAGUACAUCACGCUAAGAGGCCACAAGACUCAGUGUGUGUGUGUGUGUGUGUGUGUGUGUGUGUGUGUGUGUGUGUGUGUGUGUGUGUGUGUGUGUGUGUGUGUGUGUGUGUGUGUGUGUGUGUGUUUGCAUGUGCAUGUGCUCCACAGGUGGUGUUCUCAUCCAAGUGUGAGACAGACGCUGCAGGGGAGCGGAGUCAUAAUCAGGUUCCCUAGAGUGUCGAAUCGACUGAUCGAACUGCCAGAGGAUUACAGCAUCCUGAUCAACCAGGCUUCAAGCUUCACGUCAGUACUACACCACUAGACAGACAGACGUUUUACCUCUCUGGCCUGUACCUUUUACUUCUCAUAGACAUGUAGGGCUGCAACUAAUGAUUACUUUAACCCAUUAAGACCUGAACCCUGUCCGAGACACCUCUCUGAAAUCCUGAGGGCCAUUUUAAGAAGGGCCCCCAGGUCCUGAGGUUUUCUGAAGUGUUGAGGUUUACAAAAAAGCUGAUAUCUCGGCCUCUGUAGCAGAUAGAAACAAAAUUCAAAAAGUAUUUGAGAGCUUACACAUGUGGCUUUUAAGAUCACUACCUUUAAUUUUUCCGAACUCUAAUCACAUUGUUGAAACCCUUGAACAAACAAACUCAUAUGAAAUAAAGCGGCUGUUUAAAUAAAAGUAAAGACUCUGCACUGGAGAAUAACAAACAAUUUGCUUUUUAUAAAACAAGUGGCAGUCAUGAUAAAGUUUCCAUUCAAUACAAAUGUAAAUAUAAAAAUAAGGUGUUGAAAGGGUAUACAGCUGCCAUCAUACAGUGCCAGUACAAAAGUCAAGACAGCUGCUUGCCGUGGUCUGCAUGAUGUCUUUCCCACCAUGAUUGUCGGCUGUUCUUUUCUGAAAUGAGAAAGACAGUAUAGUAUUUAUUAUAUAUUAGUUUUAUAGUAUUAUAUUAUAUAUUAUAGCACUAUUUACGUCAACUCAAUUCAUUUUCUUUGCACUAUAAGGUUAAGGCAAGCAAGUAGCCCAAUGUGCAAUUAAACACAGCACACACACAUAUUGUAUUUGGGUGUACACACUUUAACCACUGUGUUGUGUCCACAUGAAAAUGGAAAAAUUUUAAUAAUCAUAAUCAAAAUCAUUAUAAUAAUCAUUAAAUUAUUACCACCAUUGCGUGCAAGUUAGAUUUAUUUAUAAAGCACAUUAAAACACUGCGUAAAAUAAUUAAACUGAAGUAAAAAGUAGCAGACACACACGCGCGCGCAUCCUCUAUCACUGUCACUAGCCAGCUGACAAGUAAACUGCAGCAUCAGGCGAGCUACCUAGGCUAUAGUAGUGACUUACCCUGCUGUUGAGCUCCCUUUAUCUUCAUCGAUGACUCCAACAUGUUGUGCGUUAUCAUCACUGUGGUUCUCCCGUCCGUUUGAAUAGCUGUUGCAAAGCUUGCAUGUUAGGAUUUUUUUUUACCUUAGUAAAGCAUGAAGUGUUCCCAGACUUUUGAGGACUUGAGUCAAACCGUUCUCACUGCAUCCGCCAUUAGUAGAAUUUACUUAACUUCUGUAAGUACUGCCUCUGCCUCGCUGCGUUCAUCUCGCUCUGCAGGUUGAGUUAACAGCUGGCUCCGCAUCGUGGCGGGUGAGGUAGGCCUGGACGAUAUAGAAAAAAAGCAUAUCGAUAAAAAAUAAAUCAUAUUGAUCGAUAUCGAUAAUUAUUGAUAUAAUUACUAUAAUUAUUUAACAUAUAUUUUAAUUGCAGCCCUGGAUGUUUUUUGCUAUUGCUUAAUGACCUACUUUUAAUAAAGAACACACAAGCACUGAAUUCAAAUUCAAACCUUUAUUCAACCACCUUUUUUAUUUUACCACAACUGAAAGUUUUUUAAAAAAGAACUAAAAAAAAAAAAAGAAAUCAACUUAAGUGGCCUGAGUGACGACAGUAAAUACUGACAAACAUAAAGACUAAAGUGACCAGAAAAUCUGAUAAAUAAAUAUUUAAAUAGUCUUUUGAUGAAAAUAAACAAAACAAACAAAUAUAUAAAUAAACAGAAUAGCUUUAGGUGGGAAUAGCAUACUACCAGUUUUAACUGUGUGGGAAACUGCCCACAGCCUGGUGUCUGAACACUGAAAUAUUUCUCCCGGGGUCGGGAGAUUUAUUUUUUUUUAAUUAUCAUGUGAUUGACUUAAUACACAAACUAAGCACGAGAAGCAGGACUUAUCCACGCCGGUGUUGUGUCGUAGAAUGCACCCCUGCCGAAUGUACCCCCUGCUAGUAGCCAUGAUCCAAAUACUCGCGUCUUUGUAAAAUAUGAGCUCAUUUUCUUCCACUUUAAGAAGCUAAUGAGUGGACGGGAUGCAGGGGUGCAUUCUACGGUACAACACCGGAACGUAUUUCCUCCGCACCCUUCUCACCUUCUCAACCCCUGACCCAUUUUCAUGCCUGAAGCGCUGUGUUUGAGAAAUACUUGCGGCCGGGCACUUCAUAUCGCGGGUCGAGAGUGGCUAGAAGCUGGUCGAAGCCAGGCUUUUCAACGGUAGUUAUUGGCAGUAUGUCCCUCGCUAUGGAGCAUGUUACUGCAUGGGUGAUGUCCUUAUGCCGCUUGGACGCUUUGUCGUAUUUUGGGAGAGAAACAAAGUCCAGUUUGGUCUGCUUCACAUGCUUUGUGCUGGUGCUGGCAGCGGCUCCAGAGGAUUCCUCCUCCGACGACGACGUGGAGCCGCGGCGCGGCCGACACAGCUCGUACUCCUGCGGGUGCGAUCGGUUUAGAUGGUAAAACAAGUUGGUUGUGUUACCAGACUUGGUUUUUACUAAUUCUCUGCAAAUUUUGCAAACGACCGCUGUUCGCUUUUUGUCAGACUUCUAAAAACCAAAACAUUGCCAUGCUGGUGAACUACUGAAACCUUUUUUCGGGACAAUUUCCUCCGCUUCUCCUUGCUGUAUCAUUUUUUCUCAUACACGUGCUGUCUGUUGUGGUUUGAGAGGGGCUGGGCUUGGUGCCAUAGCGUACCUGGGUCUGCGUUUGUGAUUGGUUGGGAGGAAGUAAUGACUGUAGUAAAAGCUACAUGAUAGGCUAUGAUGAAAAAGAAAGGGAAACUGUGUUUUUCUAUCGAACUUUUUAUCGACCCGUUUUUUUUCUAUCGCACCACACGUCUAUCGAUCGAUAUAUAUUGUUAUCGAAUUAUCGUCCAGCAUCGUGGCGGGUGAGGCAUAAAUUGCACGACACAGCAAAUCAAUAAUGAAAUUCAUUGCUGACACUUCUAAUAAUCGAUUUUUAUCGGUUUUAUUGAUUAGUUGUUGCAGCUCUAUAGACAUGCAUUCAAAAGUCCAAUCUGAAUGACCUCACUCUUGAUUGAAGAUAAAAUGACUCCUGUUUGUAUACCACAGUAACAUGAGUGUGUUACUUUACCUAUGUGACCUCUUUGUUUUAUGUGCAGGUGUCCACGGUCAGGGGGGGACAAGUCUCGAGCUCCCACCCUUUGUCUGGUCUGUGGCUCCAUGUUGUGUUCUCAGAGUUACUGUUGUCAGACAGAGGUGGAUGGGGAGGAUGUUGGAGCCUGUACAGCUCACACUUUCACCUGUGGAGCCGGCCUGGGCCUCUUUCUCAGGUAAAUUGCCAAAUAUCACCUCCCAUCAGGAUGCUAAAUGUUCACAACCAUGGAAUAAUGUCAUGCAGAUGAAUCACAUUGCUAUCCACUGUGCUGAGAUGGCGAUGAGCCAAAGAUGUCUGACAUGUUGUGCUUUCAUAAAAUACCCUUUCAUCACACAUGUGGAUAUUAUUGACAUGCUGUUUCUAUCCUUACAUGGUUGAAAAAAAAAAAAAGCUCAUUUAAACAUUUCUUACUGGAGACUCUGAGCACCUUUGGCCUGCUGCCUCUUUAUUUAGGUUUUUGUAAUAAAGAAUAUGGAGGUAAAGGGCCUUUUCAUCCGAACUGUAUGGAACUAAACUGGUAAGCAGUCAGAGGACACUCUGAUAGGGAGCACCAGGUUUCAUUCACUAACUAUCAUUGGGACUUAAUUUGUUAUCAAAACACACUUAAUGUCCCACUCUGAAUGUUUUUUUUUUUUUUUUUUGGGGGGGGGGGGGUUACUACUUAAAGUGUUAUCAGUGGUUUUUAAAUUGUGAUUAUGAAGUUUUUAGCCAAAAUCACGUUACCUGUGUCAUUUUUAAGGACUUUUCUUCUGCAGAGCCUCAGUAGCUCAUUAGCAAUUCGCCUCUGAGUCGUGGGCAGAGACAGCGCUGCUCUGCACACUCCUCUUCACGCUAGCUUGCAGCCUAACAUUACCGGUGUAGUAGAGGUGGCAGGUAAUAUAGGAGCUAUUUAGAUCUCAGACACCAACGACUUUGGGGGCAUGAUAAACAGUGACAGCAUAAUAAGCUUUCUUACUAGCAUUGCAAUCCUCUACCACACACACUUGUGUCUGAACCUGCCGUUUGGGUCUGCCAGAGGUUCACAGCGAUUUGAAUGCAGAAAAUGCAAUUUUGCACUUCCUUUUCUCAUGAUAUGCCCUCUAGCAUCGGAAAAAUGCCAUACGAACAUGUGAAAAACAAGAAAACAGGAUUUUCAUCAGAGUGGGUCUUGAAGAUGUUUUAGGAUGAUUCUGACAUUCAGCAGUUUUAUUAUAAUUUCUUUUUAUCUGCAGAGAAUAAACUCUAACAGCCAAAAACACACUUUCACACAUCUGAAGGCUUAUGCAUUAGGGCAAACUUAGUUAAUAUUGUGUUUUCCUUCAUUUAACAUCUUUAUAACAUAUAUAUAUUCACAUGAGUACAGUAUUGAGAUUGGAUCAGCUGUCUUUUUAAUCAAACAAUGUUUGGUCUUAAAAAUGUUGAAUUAUGAAUGUAAACUUUGUCACUGGGCUCAAAUGGAAUAGAAAAUAUCAGAAUCUGCAUUCUUGGCAGGACUUACAAACAUCAGACCUUACAUUUCGAAAUAACAUGUUCAAGCUUACAUAAGAGAAUUACACGAUCUGAAAUAAUACUAUAUGUGAAAAAGAAGACACUUAUGUACGCUUAAAGUAACCAACUUUUUUUUAAAGUUAUUUCAUUUAUUUUUUUUUUUUAAGUAACUUUUUUUAACUAGCUGAUAUUUUUAUGUCAAAUCCGGUACAUUUUCAGAGAACUGUUAGGAUAAAGUCACUAUCAAAUUGUCUCUUUAUAUUUUAGAUCAUGUUUUUUCUAUUUCACUUCAACAGAUGUGUAUCCUCUCUGACUACUGUCAAGUCUUUUUAAUGCCAGCCCUCUGUACAAGACCGACAGUAUCGAUCAUAGUGUGUCUGCUUGUAAACAGAGUACAGCUUGAUUAAUGACCCUUAUGUAUCACAACAUUUAGACGUUAUGUUGGCAUAGUAACAGACUGUGUGUGUUUCUGUGUGUGUGUAGGGUCAGAGAGAGCCAAGUGUUGUUCGUAGCAGGUAAAACUAAGGGCUGUUUCUAUCCUCCACCAUACCUGGAUGACUACGGAGAGACAGACCAGGGUCUAAAGUAAGUGUGAUUGGAACCAACUGCGUGGUGGUGGGAGUGAGCAUUAAGUGGACUCUUUCUACCUGUUUGUUUUGCGUGUGUUAGUAACUUAGAAAUUAGAAACUAAUUUGUGUGUGUGUGUGUGUGUGUGUGUGUGUGUGUGUGUGUGUGUGUGUGUGUGUGUGUGUGUGUGUGUGUGUGUGUGUGUGUGUGUGUGUGUGUGUACUUUCAGGCGAGGGAACCCCCUCCACCUGUGUUCGGAGCGUUACAGGAAGAUAGAGCGUUUGUGGCGUCAGCAUGGUGUUGCCGAGGUCAUUGGUCAUGCUCAGGAGGCCAAUCAGACACUAGUUGCUAUUGACUGGCAGCACCUGUGA